AUGGUUGGACAACUGCUGCUCAACGUGACCAUAUUAGAACUCAUAUUCCUUCAGUUCCAUAACUGUGGAAUCACCAGGCGUGAUUGCAGGAUUGUGUGUUUAUGAACAAAUAUGGUGUGGAGUUGUUGUGUUGACAGACACAUCUUUAUUGUGUUUAAGUUGCAGACUAAUCUACAUUUCAUCAUGUGACAAACCUAGUGACCCAUUGUUUUCAUCAUCUCACCUUGUUCAGUUUUCCCUUAAGCACAUAGGACCUCUGCUCAGUGAAUGGUCUGUGCUGUGUAGAUCUUUCUGUAGCAGUUAUGAAUGUUCUGAAAAGUUGUAGUUGUUGCUUGAGAUUUCUCAUCCAUUCCUCUCGUGAACACAGUUAUAAUGUCCACCUUUGUUGCAUAUAUAAAGCUAGCUCCGUUCCACAAUGAUCUCUCUCAAAACCUUCUCAUUACCGUCUCCUCAGGAGUAACCGUCCUCGAAGAAGUCAGGACAAACUCUGUUUCUAAGAUAAUUGACAGUGAACAAGAUUGGAAUGUUUUUGUUCCACCUGAGAAGGAACAGAACCUUCUCUUUGUGUGUUUUAUAGAAGCUAUUUUGUUGGUGAAUAACAGAAUGUGAGAGCAUUCUGUUAUGGUUUUGGACAGAGGCUGGUUUUGUCAUCUGUUUGUUUUGCUCCUCCCUUUAUCCUCCCUUCAUCCUGCUUUCUUCGUGGUCACAGCUAAAGUUGCGUAGAUGGAUGUGUACUGGGUCAUUAAACAGCUCUAUACUUCACAGGCUCAAACCAGAUGUUGAAAAUACAAGGCCUAGCUACCAGGUGUGGUGUGGAUAUGUCUUCAGCAUAUUGAUCUUACCUGUCAAUGAGGUAAAGGAGAGGUUAGGCAAGGGAAGGAAGCUGUUGAAGAGCAUCGAGACUCCGCCAUUGUCUGGGACAUGCAAUAAAGCUGAGAGGUUGCUUCCUCUAUAAACUGUGAAACAGGAUAAGAACAGAGGAUAGACCCAGACCUCUGAGGUUGUCUGGAUUAGAGAUGGUUCUGGCUAUUGAGUCUCUCCACCAGGCCAGACAGGCCUCCCUAUUCCUGGCGGCAGGCCUUUGAUAGCUCUCGCUCUCUCUGUUGCUCUCUCUGUUGCUCUCUCUUUCGGUCGCUCUAUCUUUCUGGGUCUCUGUCUCUCUGUGUUUGUGUAAGGCCAUGUUCUGAGGACACAGUGUGUGUCGCUGUUGUUUCUGGGUCUCUGUCUCUCUGUGUUUGUGUAAGGCCAUGUUCUGAGGACACAGUGUGUGUCGCUGUUUCUGGGUCUCUGUCUCUCUGUGUUUGUGUAAGGCCAUGUUCUGAGGACACAGUGUGUGUCGCUGUUGUUUCUGGGUCUCUGUCUCUCUGUGUUUGUGUAAGGCCAUGUUCUGAGGACACAGUGUGUGUCGCUGUUUUUCCUUUCAGCUUUCAAGACAGAGGCAGCACGUCUGAGCUCUGUUGUUUUGUGGCCUUUAUUAGUUUAAUUUGAAUGUUUUGAUGUUUGCCGCCCUGAAUGUUGCUUCAGGGUCCUUUGUGCCUCGCCAAGGGGGGGAAAUCUUGGGGAAAUACUAAGCUACUUAGUGGGGGCGUCCAAUCUCUGAAUUAUUCUGUACUCUCAAGGGCUGUGCUUGCUUGCCAUAUUGUCUUGUGGUUUAGCUAGCUCCACUUUGGUCUCCAUUAGGAGUCCAUGACUGUGAGCUCAUGAGUUGACAAUCAGUGGGUCAUAGUCCUGUUCUGUGAUGCGUAGACAGUAUAUUCUGCUAAUACCAGCCAGCUAAAACCAGGAAUGUCAACAACGUUUCGAAUCAUUAACUGCCGCAGUUUACCAGGUCGCCCUCAGAGCGAUCUCCCCGCCCCUUUUCCCGGAGUCCGAAUGGGAAUUCUGAGAAGAAGCGUCCACAGAAUUCCCUGAUGUCUCCCACAGCUGGCUGACAGAGGAGGAGGAGGGAGGGAAUUAGCUACUUGUUUUGUGGUAGUUGAGAUGUAUUUCUCAGUCGGUCCGACUGCCCUGUGGUAUCCUGCAUUCCUCUGCCAUUUCACUCCAUUUCGACCCCUAGUUUGAUCUGAUUCUGGUGGAUGUGUUUUAUCAGCCCCAUCGAUAGAGACGGAACAUCUGUUUUGGACACACACCCAUGUGCACGCGCACACACACAAGCUACACACACUUCAAAGGGCCGCUCUGUCCAGAGCAUUGCGCUCUAAGGGAAUAGAUCAGAGCUCCUCCCUCCAUCUUCACUUUCCUCUUUCUCGCUCUCUUUCUCUCCCGACACCACUUUCUCUUAUUUGUUUGUCUGAACCUGUUUUGGACUGUAUGGUGUAAACCAUAUCCUAGAGAAAAGGGGGCAGAAACAGCUGUUAGCUUGAGGAGAGCUUGGAGGGAGGGAGGGAUGAUUGAGAGGGGAGUUGAUGGAGUCCACUCCUCUCUCUUUCUCUUCCCACUCCACUGCUCUGGCUAGCCUUAUUUGGUCACUUUGCUGCUGCUACGACUGGAGAGAGGGAGAGGGAGAGAGAGAGAUCUACUUUGCAACACUUAUGUAGUCUCCAUAUGAACUAUUCAGCUGCUAGAUCAAUUUAAUGAACGUGUUUGGGGUUUUCAUUCUAUAUACACAUAUGAAGUGUGAUUUUGGCACUGACCAUCUCCAGUAUGCAAGGCAUUUUAAUGGGCUGGUUAUAAUAUCCCUCUCUAGCCAAAAUGAUUGACAUACUAAGUACUUGUGUGUGUUGGUCUCAUCAGUGGAGCCUUUUGUCACUGCAACAGUACAGUAUGUGUGAACAACUCGUAUGUUAGAUAUGCCAGAAGUGAAACUCUGCUCGGUUGGGUUAACUGAGACACAUGCAAAUCUGAGGAGCUGUUUCUCAGUCUGCUUCCUAUUGUGGCUAUGAAAAUGACUGGUAGAAUCACAAUACUAUCAGGACUGGUCUGUUGUAUGGCAUUAUGUACAGUGACUGUCAUAUAUCUCAGCCUGUCAUAUCUCAACAUACUGAAAAAUAUAUAUUUAAAAAAAUAAGAUGUUGAUUCAAUGUAUAAUUGUAAGGCAGCCAGCUGCAAUAGGGUUGAGUUUGCUCAACAUUUUAACACAAACUUGUUGUUUUGAGUUUGCUGAAGAAACUCACAAUCGUAUUAAGACUGGUUGCCUUACAAUUGUACGUUGAAUCAACAUAUACUUUUUAACAGUGCUACGGUACUGUACAGUACCCACUGUAUACAAUCAUACCCCUGGCUUUUCUGUAGAAAUUGUCUCACAGACAGACAGACACUUACACACACUCUGUUACAUUCUGAUUUCCCUAUCCCCUUUCCCCCCUCACUAAUGUUCCCCCAGUGGCCUGUCUCAUGUCACGUCCUCCCCUCUUUCAUCUGAGCUCAUGAGACUUACUUAUCUGGAUAUGAACCUGAUGCAAACCAUCUGUAAGUGUGUGCGUGCGUGUGCACACACGUGUGUUUUAGCAUGUACCCCUGGGAGAAGGAUGAUGCAAUUAUGUGUGCUUCAAUGAGCAUGUCACUAAGCACUGUGAAUUUAUUUACACUGAUCAAUUGAAGGUUGUCCUAAGUUAUUGUUUCAGCAACUUCAAUAUAGAUGCAUUGACAACACCUCAAUCUUAACCAUCCUUCACCUCUUUAACUGUUAUUCAUCGUCUUACUGUCUCUCUGUCCAGAUUGUCUGUUCAGGUUGUGUCCUAUGAACCGGUACUCUGCUCAGAAACAGUUCUGGAAGGCAGCCAAGCCCGGAGGAAACAGCACCACAGACACAGUCCUCCUCAACAAACUACACGUGAGUGACUCCCCCACCCUCACCCAUCUCUACAACUGUCUUACCAUGAUAUUACUGUAUUAAAUGAUUUAUUAUAUAAAUUAAUCAGUGGUAUAAUGAUCCGAGGUACGAGCUCAUCCACAUCUGAAGAGAUACAAUAGAUGAGCCCUCUUAGAUAACUAAACUAGCACUACUUCUAAAAUCCAAUACAACUACAUUAGUAAAGCACUUACACUCAUGUUUUUUUCCUUGACUGUUGUAAUCACUUGUUCAAGUGUGAAAUACUACAUCCUGCAGUUCCCUUUAACAACAUGUAUGGUUUGAGGAGCUCUCUUAAAGGGGUUAGGUUUUCUGUCCCCACACUAGUUUGAGGGUGUUCUUAGGGGGAUUAUAUAUUUGCUGAGGUAGAGGUAAUGUUCAGGUCCUUUUAUAGACAUUUCUGAAGCAUACUGUAGUUUCAGUGCUACCACCGUCCCACCUUUCUUCUUUCUCUCUCUCUCUCUCUCAGCUCUCUCCCUUAUUCUUUCUCCCCUUCUCUCACUCCCGCCCUGUUCUGAUACAAUACCAUUUAAAGCCUUCUGGUAUCUGACUACAGAGUCAUAAAAUGAUAGAUUCAGAUCUAUCCUGUGUUACCAUGGUGAUGAGGCCAGUUUUAGGUUCUAGCCCUUCAGUUGAAGCUUGCAGGCGUGUUUGCUGUUAACUGCACUUGCCGUUGCUACAUUCAGAGAUUUCUGUCAUAGAAAGUAGUCCCUCCUACUCAAGUCCAUGUGGAUAAUUAUUUGUGGAUACAUUUGUGCAAAAGCAGUAGCAAUGUUGCUCGUAGCAAUAGUAAUGGUCUCUAACUCACUCCUCUUUCCCUCACUUGUGUAGCAUGCAGCGGAUUUGGAAAAGAAGCAAAACGAUUCGGAAAAUAAAAAGUUGCUCGGAACGGUGAUUCAGUAUGGGAACGUCAUUCAGGUGUGUGGGUGUAUACAUAUUCAUUGUCUAGAAGAACAAUGAUUGGCUUGUAUCCACAGCUAAAAGUUAUUUCAUCAAUGAAGCCAAUCUAUGCCAUAAUGAGUCUCAUACCCCACAUAUUUCUAUUGGGUUUUAGCGUCACACAGUUUACGAGGCUUCCCAUCCAAUAUAUUUUGCUGGUUCCAAACUUGGAGAGAUUGAGAGCCCUGGAGGCAUCCAUGCGGAUUCUGUUUGUUUAUAAAUAGAACAGUGAUGUGGGAGGAUCUAGAUAGUGUUUUUCUAGCUUCAGAAUUGAGCUUAUUCUUUUCUAAGUCAUAACCUUUCAGUUAAAGUCUGCUCUGUUUAUGUGGAGACUAAAACGUACUGCAUACCCAUAAGGGCAGAGAAAUGCACAAUAAUAACACAAUAAUAAACCCUAUGAAGAAGAUGAAGUGCACAAGCAAAACUUUUCAGUAUGUUUGUAUCACACAAAUGACAGACAGCUGAGUUAUUGUAUCGUAUCUUAUAAGAUUGUAUCGCAUCAUAUUGUAUCAUCCCAUAUGUUUGCUGUAUUCCCCCAGCUCCUCCAUCUGAAGAGUAACAAGUACCUGACUGUGAACAAGCGUCUACCUGCGCUGCUGGAGAAGAAUGCCAUGAGAGUGAUGCUGGACACGGCUGGGAACGAAGGAUCCUGGUUCUACAUUCAACCCUUCUACAAGUUGCGCUCCAUAGGAGACAGUGUGAGUUCUAUGUAUAUGGUUCUCCAAGCUGCGCUCCACAGGAGACUGUGUGAGUUAUAUCUAUAUGGUUCUCCAAGCUGCGCUCCACAUGAGACUGUGAGUUAUAUCUAUAUGGUUCUCCAAGCUUCGCACCAUAGGAGACUGUGAGUUAUAUCUAUAUGGUUCUCCAAGCUUCGCACCAUAGGAGACCGUGUGAGUUAUAUCUACAUGGUUCUCCAAGCUGCACUCCAUAGGAGACUGUGAGUUAUAUCUAUAUGGUUCUCCAAGCUUCGCACCAUAGAUGCUGUAAAGAGGUCAAUGGAACGCAGAAGUGGGGGAUGGAAGGAGGACGCCGGAUUGGGGCACAUUCAACAAAUCUGAUCUAACAAAGAGGAUAUUUGUCAAAUCAGUCAUGAUUUAUGUAUUGUAACAGGCCCACAAAUGUAGAUACUAAAGUCCAAUUUUGAUUUAUUUGUCUGUUUUCGCUGCAUAACAUUUAGAAGUUUUCCCUUUUCAGGUUUAGAAGUGACUGCUAAAUGCUAAGUCCCGUUCUUAUAAACUGAUUGAAUAGCUAGCAUAAAUAAUAAUAAUAUGCCAUUUAGCAGACGCUUUUAUCUAAAGCGACUUACAGUCAUGUGUGCAUACAUUUUUAUAAAGAAAUCGGUGGAGGUAGUCAGUCAUUUUUAACUGUAAUGCAGAUGAUUGGUGAUGAUGACAUGAACAUGUAUUGGGGUUGACAUCCAUACAAGCCUUAUACUCAGAUUCUUCCUCAACAUAGUGUGAAAUACACAAAUAAAUAAUAGCCUAAAUGUAGGCCCAUAUUACUGGGGGGCAAUGAGGAGACUCAGGAUCUUUCCCCCACGUGUUUCCAUGGCAUUUCCAUUGUUUUGGUUGAGUUCGAUUUACUUCUUUACCGCAUGUAUACCUUCACAGGAGACUGUGUGAGUUACACCUAUGGCAAUGAUCAUGCAUACUAUAUAGGAUCGCUUGAAUCACAGCUACUGGAAACAUGAACAAUCAGUCAGACUGAGUGAUUGAAAUGUGUAAGGCAAUCUAAUAUGCUCACAGAUAUACCUUCCUACUUGCCAAAACCCCCGCAGCUUGCAAAACCCUAUGGUAAAACGUUUGCGGAGUGGCGCAGCACAUCUACACUAUAUAUACAAAAGUAUUUGGACACCCCUUCAAAUUAGUAGAUUCGGCUAUUUCAGACACACCUGUUGCUGACAGGUGUAUAACAUCGAGCACACAGCCAUGCAAUCUCCAUAGACAAACAUUGGCAGUAGAAUGGCCUUACUGAAGUGACUUUCAAUGUGACAACGUCAUAGGAUGCCACCUUUCCAACAAGUCGGUUCGUCAAAUUUCUGCCCUGCUAGAGCUGCCCAAGUUAACUGUAAGUGCUGUUAUUGUGAAGUGGAAACGUCUAGGAGCAACAACGGCUUAUCCGCGAAGUGGAAGGCCACAAAAGCUCACAGAACGGGACCGCCGAGUGCUGAAGCGUGUAGCGUGUAAAAAUGUUCUGUCCUCGGUUGCAACACUCACUGCCGAGUUCCAAACUUCCUCUGGAAGCAACGUCAGCACAAUAACUGUUCAUCGGGAGCUUCAUGAAAUGGGUUUCCAUGGCCGAGCAGCCGCGCACAAGCCUAAGAUCACCAUGCGCAAUGUCAAGCGUCGGCUGGAGUGGUGUAAAGCUCGCUGCCGUUGGACUCUGGAGCAGUGGAAACACGUUCUCUGGAGUGAUGAAUCACACUUCACCGUCUGGCAGUCCGACGGACGAAUCUGGGUUUGGCAGAUGCCAGGAGAACGCUACCUGCCCAAACGCAUAGUGCCAACUGUAAAGUUUGGUGGAGGAGGAAUAAUGGUCUGGGGCUGUUUUUCAUGGUUCGGGCUAGGCCCCUUAGUUCCAGUGAAGGGAAAUCUUAACGCUACAGCAUACAAUGACAUUCUAGACGAUUCUGUGCUUCCAAAUUUGUGGCAACAGUUUGGGGAAGGCCCUUUCCUGUUUCAGCAUGACAAUGCCCCCAUGCACAAUGCGAGGUCCAUACAGAAAUGGUUUGUCGAGAUCGGUGUGGAAGCACUUGCCAGUCCUGCACAGAACCCUCACCUCAACCCCAUCGAACACCUUUGGGAUGAAUUGAAACGCCGACUGUGAGCCAGGCCUAAGCGUCCAACAUCAGUGCCCGACCUCACUAAUGUGCUUGUGGCUAAAUGGAAGCAAGUCCCCGCAGCAAUGUUCCAACAUCUAGUGGAAAGCCUUCCCAGAAGAGUGGAGGCUGUUAAAGCAGCAACGGGGGGACCAACUCCAUAUUAAAGCCCAUGAUUUUGUAAUGAGAUGUUCGACAAGUGGUCAUGAAGUGUAUGUUAGUUUGGGGUCAGUCAACCGAUCAAAACUGUGGAAUCAAAUAAAGGCAGGAGAAACAGGUUUUCUGACCAAUAUGACGGCUGUGUAUGUGCCGGAAAACACCACACUUUUUACUUUGCUAGUAAUUAAAUAAAUAUACAUGUUUUCUGAAUGAUACAAACAACUAACUAGAUAUUCAUUUUGUAGCUUAAGUAGCUAUAUUUACAAAUGUGUUUACCAGUUAGCUAGCUUGCCAGUUAGCUAGCUUGCCAGUUAGCUAGCUUGCCAGUUAGCUAGCUUGCAAGUUAGCUAGUGAUUUAGGCUAGCUAAAUUUAGCUAGCUAGCUAUCGUUGCUAGCUAGGUAACUGGCUAACUGGCUAAAAGCACUAAAUAUUGCAUCUAACUAGCUAGCUAGUACACUUGUUGCUGAUAUUAAAUAAUUGCUGGUGAGUGUUGGUUUUAUCUUUGGGUAUUUAAACUAAGCUUCGUGAGCUAGCUAGCUUCAGCCUAUUUUCCACUCUGCUUUUCUGGUGAGUUCUCCCGCACUGCGUCUAGCAUCUUUUUGGUGAUAAGUAAAAGCUAGCUCGCACGUCAGUCGAUCAUGUGUGUUCCAGCAAGUUGUGCUAUCGGUGUGUGCAGCAUAGUAGUCUCUCUCAGUGGAUUAAAGCAGCAGAGGCCAGGAGUCAUUCUAUAACCACAACAGCACAAAUGGCUGUAUCACCUCAGGCCAAGUCAGUGUUUAGGCUGUGACAGGACCAGGGGUCAGGCCCAGGUCAGGUGUUUUGGGGUCGGCUUUCCCCUCUAAUCCUCUGUGAUGAGGGCCAGAACAGAUCUAUCUCUGGACUGACUGGGCUUAUAGUGGCACCAUGCUGGAGCCUUGUGCUUUAAAGAGCAACUGAAGGCAAUAAACAGCUUCUCUGGUAGAACACAGCAUGUGGCAUUGGUAUUAUUCAACAAAAACAGUGUAAUCAUCAAUUCAGAGCGCAGCUUCACGCGACCCGAUCCUGAUGCCCACGGGACCAUCAGUAAAUUACACAAUGUACAUGGGACAAUAUUUUAAAAUGUCAAUAGCUCCAAAUUUCAAUGACUUAAAAACCUAAAAACAACUAUAAAUUAUAGAGAUUCAUGUACAGAUAUUGAAAGCAUUUAAUGAGACAACUAAAACAUGUGCAACAUCUAAAAAUUGUCCCAUUUACAUUCUGUAAUUUAUUGACGGUUCCUAACUAGCUCCACAUAUAGGCUAUCCAAAGUCAAACCAACUUUGCCACGGUCGCACACCGGCCGGCUGAAGAUAAUUGGCUAAAUAAGUUGGCUAGCUAGUUUAGGCAACUUCCAGACACAAGACCUGGUUAGACUGUUUCAAGUUAUCUAGAAGGGUGAGUGACUGUAACUGUGUACUGUUUUGACAGAUAAAGUACAAACGCUUCCCAUGUUCGAACACACACACACACACACACACACACACACACACACAAGGGACACGCACAUCAAAGCAAGCCUGUCACAUUUCCUAAUGAGGAGAAUUGAAACCGAGGCUGAAUCAGGAAGUUCAGCCCCACCUUUUAAGGACAGGUCUCUAGAGCUGUUCGCAUGAUCCUAAAUCUCCUGGCUCUCCCUGCCAAGAUCUUGAGGUAAGUAGGAGCCCCAGGACAGGGUGACCUAAGGUGGAGCCAUGACUGUUGUUCUAGUACUACAUCUAAGUAAUAGCCCCUCUGGAUGAGUGAUUUAGUUUGAGAUUCAGAGCUUCACAUACUAUCCUGUAUUUGACUGUGGACAGACACAUUAAAAUGAGUUUUGUUCAUGUUUCAUUGCCCCUAGCAGCUGACGUGCACACGUGUAAUGCAUGCAUACUAAAUUGUAAUGUGUGUUUCAUUCCAGGUGGUGAUAGGGGACAAGGUGGUCCUGAACCCAGUGAAUGCUGGCCAGCCCCUUCAUGCCAGCACCCAUCAACUAGUGGACAACCCAGGAUGUAAUGAGGUUAGACCCUCACGCUGUCUGCAGCACCUCUCCUCUGUGUUUUAUUUAUUGCUGUGUGGAAGUGAUAUUGUAUGUACAGUAUUUAUAUGAGUGUGAACUGGUAUUGGCCCCCUCCUACCAUUUCAAACGUUACAGCAUUGUGCCAUGGUCCUCGACAUUUGCAUAAAUUAUGUAUAGGAUUUGCAUUUAGCUCUAGCCUGCAGCUCAUUCUGUGAGAAUGGUGUGCUGCUUUAUAGUUAUAGAGUACCAGUGAGGGAGUUCUAUUAACCUGAGCCGCGGUGCACCGGUCUAUGGCCCAUAAUGUGAAGAGGGAGGAGUGCCCUUCUCAAAUCAAACAGUAAUCUGUGCCGCUCGGUCAUGUUGUCAACAAAGCAGCAUGGUGCAUCGUCCAGAAACAUACAACAACUCUUUUCCAUAAAAUAUACAGUACCAGUGAAAAGUUUGGACACAUCUACUCAUUCAAGGGUUUUUCUUUAUUUUUAAAAUUUUUUACUUUGUGAAAUAAAGUCAAAACUAUGAAAUAACACAUAUGGAAUCAUGUAGUAACCAAAAAAUGUUAUGUUAUAUUUUAGAUUCUUCAAAGUAGCCACCCUUUGCCUUGAUGACAGCUUUGCGCACUCUUUCCAUUCUCUUAACCAGCUUCAUGAGGAAUGCUUUGCCAACACUCUUGAAGGAGUGCCCACAUAUGCUCCCGAGUGGCGCAGUGGUCUGUGCCACUAGAGAUCCUGGUUUGAAUCCAGGCUCUGUCGUAGCCGGCCGCGACCGGGAGACCCAUGGGGCGGCGCACAAUUGGCCCAGCGUCAUCCAGGGUAGGGGAGUGAAUGGCCGGCAGGGAUGUAGCUCAGUUGGUAGAGCAUGGCGUUUGCAACGCCAGGGUUGUGAGUUCGAUUCCAGUAUGAAAAAAAUAAAACAAUAAUAAUAAUGUAUGCACUCACUAACUGUAAAUCGCUCUGGAUAAGAGCGUCUGCUAAAUGACUAAAAUGUAAAUAUGCUGAGCACUUGUUGGCUGCUUUUCCUUCACUCUGCGGUCCAACUCAUCCCAAACCAUCUCAAUUGGGUUGAGGUUGGGUGAUAGUGGAGGCCAGAUCAUCUGAUGCAGCACUCCAUCCCUCUCCGUCUUGGUAAAAUAGCCCUCACACAGCCUGGAGGUGUGUUUUAGGUCAUUGUGCUGUUGAAAAACAAACGAUGGUCCCACUAAGCCCAAACCAGAUGGGAUGGCGUAUCGCUGCAGAAUGCUGUGGUAGCCAUGCUGGUUAACUGUGCCUUGAAUUCUAAAUAAAUCACCGACAGUGUCACCAGCAAAGCACCCCCACACCAUCACACCUCCUCCUCCAUGCUUCAUGGUGGGAACCACACAUGCGGAGAUCAUCCGUUCACCUACUCUGCGUCUCACAAGGACACGGCGGUUGGAACCAAAAAUCUCAAAUUUGGACUCAUCAGACCAAAGGACAGAUUUCCACUGGUCUAAUGUCCAUUGCUAGUGUUUUUUGGCCCAAGCAAGUCUCUUCUUCUUAUUGGUGUCCUUUAGUAGUGAUUUCUUUGCAGCAAUUCGACCAUGAAGGCCUGAUUCACGCAGUCUCCUCUGAACAGUUGAUGUUGAGAUAUGUCUGUUACUUGAACUCUGAAGCAUUUAUUUGGGCUGCAAUCUGAGGUGCAGUUAACUCUAAUUAACUUAUCUUCUGCAACAGAGGUAACUCUGGGGCUUCCUUUCCUGUGGCAGCCCUUGUGAGAGCCAGUUUCAUCAUAGCGCUUGAUGGUUAACUUCUAACAAGGCACACCUGUUAAUUGAAAUGCAUUCCAGGUGACUACCUCAUGAAGCUGGUUGAAAGAAUGCCAAUAGUGUGCAAAGCUGUCAUCAAGGCAAAGGGUGGCUACUUUGAAGAAUCUCAAAUAUAAAAUAUAUUUUGAUUUGUUUAAGACUUGUUUUGUUACUUAAUGAUUCCAUAUGUGUUGUUUCAUAGUUUUGAUGUCUUCACUAUUAUUUUACAAUGUAGAAAAUAGUACAAAUAAAGAAAAACCCUUGAAUGAGUAGGUGUGUCCAAACUUUUGACUGGUAGUGUAUGUUUGAAUUUUCAAACUAGUUUUCAUUGGGAAGCCAAAACAAAACAUUUUUAUAAAAAGGAAUGACUUUUGCAUGUGAAAACACAGAAUUUUAAUAAUUACUCCACAUGCUUAAUCUAGCCUACGUCACUUUUGUUUUGAGCCGACUUCUCCGGCGGCUUUAAACUGGGCACCUGGCUCACGCCCGGGAGGCAGCCCGGUUCCAAAACUAAUGCAAUCACUUUUCACCGUGUGCAAACUCCUCCCACCGGGGUAACCGGGCCAGAUAAUCAAAUUCCCUCAGUGAUAAUAGUUGCAUGUGUUGCUGUUUAUUAAGGGAUUGAACUGGUAAUCCUGUGGAACUCUUUUUGUCUGUUUGGUGUUUCAGGUGAACUCGGUCAACUGUAACACCAGCUGGAAGAUCGUGCUGUUCAUGAAAUGGGGUGACAAUCAGGAGAUCAUUCUAAAAGGGGUUGGUUUUAUCAAAACUCUCAACCAAUCAGGCCUGAUUUUCACAGUUCACAUUGCCUUGAUUUGGACCAGCAUCCAAUCAAUAUGAAUCAGAUAAUAAUGGGUCAACGAACCCGGUAUCCCAGUUGAAGACAAAACACUGUUAAUUGUUAUAGGUAGCCUAUAUAAUCUAUCCCAAGGCAGUAACACUUCCCAAAGCAGUCUCUAUGGUAACAACCUUCCUGUCUGUUUGUUGCCAGGGCGACGUGGUGCGCCUGUUUCAUGCAGAGCAGGAGAAGUUCCUCACCUGUGAUGACCACCGGAAAAAACAAUAUGUCUUCCUGCGCACCACUGGACGCCAGUCUGCUACCUCAGCAACUAGCAGCAAAGCCUUAUGGGAGGUGGAGGUGAGGAGGAAGUGCAUAGAAAUAAAAUUCGUAGAAGGGGGAAAAGCCCCUCAGAUCAUGGCAAUUUGACUUCUCCCUCACAACUGCCAAUUUAUGCAGACUAAAAGUUAAGUUUUAGUUUGAAAUUUAUAUGGUCUGACAAGUUGUUAAAAUGUGCAUGUACACAACUCCAGUGUGUGAUAUGACAUGUGAAUGAUACCUGUGUUUCUCUUCUUGCCAGGUGGUACAGCAUGAUCCUUGUCGAGGCGGAGCUGGCUACUGGAACAGUCUGUUCAGGUUCAAACACCUGGCCACUGGACACUACCUGGCUGCAGAGGUCAGUAACACUGCUUUUACCACACGCACACACAAUAUUAUAAAUGUUUUUACCAGGGAAGUCACAUUGAGAUAGACCUCUGUUUGUGAAGUGAGCCCUACUGUAGCUUGAGAUAGACCUCUGUUUGUGAAGUGAGCCCUAGCUUGCUUAUUGUAUGUGUGUAUGUGUGUUUUCCAGGUGAACCCUGACUAUGAAGAAGAGUGCCUGGAGUUCCGCUCCUCAGUGAGUCACAUUCUCCUGUUCUGGUAGCAAUGGACUAUGAAGGGUGUAGAGGGAUGAUGAAUACUGUGGGUCAUCUGAACCAGUCAUUCCCAGAUAUUGUGCUGUGAUCCAGAGUUUUCCUGUGACCCAUUGAAUGAACCAAUCCAAAGUCUCCAGUCACAACCAAGUCUGUUGACACAAUGUGAAAUUAAUCAGUCACAUCCCACUGGUGUCUCCCAGGACACAGUGAUUAUUGUAACUCUUCUAACUUGUUUAUCUUAGCUUGAACCCCAUGUCACAGUAAAGAGCACUUCCCCGAUGAUACCAUUAGAUGGCGGUGUCUGCAUAGAGAAGUCUGACGGUACUAAUGUGAGCUGGUCAGCCUUUAGCCAGCUGGUUGCAGUCUACCACUAGGAAUGGAUCUCAGUCACACAAUUCUCUUUACAAGACCCUGGACUCUAUAUCACUGACACACACUAGUCUCAUUAGUCAACACAUGGUUGAAUAACUAACAGAGCAGGGCGCUGAGAAUGGACAUGUACCCUUUUCGCACUACUGAGCUAAGUCAAGCCAAGCCAAGUUGUAAUGCACUGGCUGUUCUGGUUAUGCAUCCACCAUAUAGUUGCUGGAAAGGACAUCUUAAAAAUAAAAAUAAAAUAUCCAAACCAGAACAGUACGGUUGGGGUCAGCACCGUAGAGUGAAAAGGGUGAUACAGUUUUAGACAAUCAUUCACUAUAGUGACCAUGUGAACACAGCAGAAGACCCAAACUAAGAUGACAGCUGCAGUUUAACCCCAUACUUACUCUAACGAAUUACCCUAAAUACUGAAAUAUUAAUAUGUAUACAUAUUUUAUGAUAUUUAUGUGUAAUAACGCUGUUAUUGAAACUUCACAAUACACUGUGAUAACAGAGGAAAAGUAGGCCAUGAUGUCUAGUGCAGUAUUGAAUUAAGCCUAUAUAUUGGCAUAAAUUAGAUUUGAAAAAAUAUGAAAUUUGAUCAAAUGUAUGCUCUCAAAUUGUGGUGAAAGAAGAGAUCCCUUUGAGUUGUGAGUCUAUUAUCUUCUUCAGUACGUUCCUGCCCAGGAUAUGCUCUUUGGGUCAUUGUCUAGGAAUUUGACAGGAAACUGAUCAGUCUAUCAAUCAUUUUCUUCUUUAUAAUCAUUGAUCCUGGUCUUCUGUGCCCCAUGUCCAUGUGGUUGUGCAAUGAUCUGAUGAGACUGUUUUGUUGUCAUGUUGUCUCUGUAGUGAUCUGAUGAGACUGUCAUGUUGUCUCUGUAGUGAUCUGAUGAGACUGUUUUGUUGUCUCUGUAGUGAUCUGAUGAGACUGUUUUGUUGUCAUGUUGUCUCUAGUGAUCUGAUGAGACUGUUUUGUUGUCAUGUUGUCUCUAGUGAUCUGAUAAGACUGUUUUGUUGUCAUGUUGUCUCUGUAGUGAUCUGAUGAGACUGUUUUGUUGUCAUGUUGUCUUUGUAGUGAUCUGAUGAGACUGUUUUGUUGUCAUGUUGUCUUUGUAGUGAUCUGAUGAGACUGUUUUGUUGUCAUGUUGUCUUUGUAGUGAUCUGAUGAGACUGUUUUGUUGUCAUGUUGUGUCUCCAGCUGGACUCUGAGCAGGUGGACCUCCGUGCCCGCCCCAGGAACCCCCAGGAGAAGGUCAUGUACACCCUGGUGUCUGUCCCUGACGGCAACGACAUCUCCUCCAUUUUUGAGCUGGACCCUACCACUCUGAGAGGGGGGGACUCCCUGGUACCCAGGUAGGACUAGGGCCAUUGUGCAAAAGGACUCCCUUACUCGUAAUACUUCUAUAGGAAUUUGCACUUUUUCUAGAAAGUAACUUCUCUUUUAACUACGUCCAUGAGAAUGUAUCGAUUUAAAAUGCAUCUUUAGAUGUCAUCCUGUAUUGUUGUGUGAUGGAACUGGUCAUGUGCAGGGAGAGGGGUGAGUGACCAGGCUGUAUCUGUCAGUGUUGGGGUCAACUUGAAUUAAAGUCAGUCAAUUCAGGAAGUAAACUGAAAUUCCAAUUAAAUAAUUGAAAAAAAAGUGCUUUUAUUUUCAGUGACUUCUCAAUAAACUGAAAAGAAGAAACUAUUCUUUCAAAAGUUGUUCUAUUUUAAAUUCAAAUCACUUCCUGAAUUGUCUGACUUAAAUCGGAAUUGACCCCACCCUGGUAUAGGUGGUUGUCCAUUGAGAUAGUGCUAGAUUAGCUAUCAAGUCAGUUUACACUGAUGACUGUAUGUCUGGAAAGUCCCCCAAAAAACGUAGUGACUACAGUAGGUAGCCCACUGUUGACGCAGAUCAGAUUCUAAUGAACAUGUUGCAAUAUGAAAAGUAACCGGUCAUGUUCCUCCCACUGGAAAUGGAGAGAGAGACACACACACACACAAAUAAUCUUUAGAUUACAUAUGUGUGGUGUUUGUUUGUUAUCAGCCACAUUUAUUGAAUUAUUGUGGAAUUCCCCCUAUUAAGACACCUGUUCUCACUUUCAGUGGAAAGGGUGAGUGGGCAGGGUUAUGGUCAUGCUGUCUUCAGUAUAAGUUGACAUAGGACAUGUGUGAGCCUGUGUUUUGGAGAGAGUAGGGAGAGUUUUCUCGAUGGUAGAGUGAGUAGGUGAGGGAGUUUUUAUGAGGUCAUGAAGCAAUAGUGUGUGAGUCGGUCUGUCUAGUUUUUGUCUUCCUAGCUGAAUGUACAGUAGGGAAGCUUUGGCUUACAGGAACCAGUGUAACUGUGGCAUGCUGGUUGUGAAGGUGGAAGGAUAUAACCUGUUGACUGUGAUUGAGGACAAGAUAAGGAUAAUUCACACUGACUAGACUGACUCUAGACUGACUCUAGACUGACUUACUGCAGGCCCUGGCCCUGUUUCUGUUUCUUACUUAUUCAAGUGUGUGGUUGAGUUUUAUACAUGUGAGAUACUGUAAGAUGUUGUGUUUGGCUUACAGUAACCACUAUUAUUAUGAUGUCCCUUCCUCUACUGGAAUGCAUCAGAUGAGAUGUAUUUCAGUAUUUAAUCAGAGGCACUCUUCCAUUCCACUGUUUGGUAUGGCAAUGCUUAGUAUGUGCUAGAGUGGGCCUUGCCCAAUAAGGACUUUAUUAUUCAUUCUGGAUUCACAAUACUCUGUGUGUGUGCUUGUGCGCGCGCCCAGGAACUCGUACGUGAGGCUCAGACACCUGUGCACCAACACAUGGGUCCACAGCACCAACCACCCCAUCGACAAGGAGGAGGAGAAACCUGUCAUGCUACGUGUGAGUGACAGCUCGACUAGCCAGUUUGAGACCUUACCAAUAGUCUGUCUAACCCAAUCUUCAACUACUGUAUAUCAUGUUUUGUGUGUCCCACAUAAUCAGUCCAACCCAAACCUUACUCAAUAAUAUAAUAAUACCCUUACAUUAGAUUAGAUAGACAUUAGAUCUGACGACCAGGUGCACUAUUGAAUACUAUUCUAUUUGUGAGUUUACUUAUGAGAAUUAACUUAAUUUUACAAUCCUAAUUCACUCAUCAGUUUCACUGUUGUUAUUUUAAGAUCGGCACGUCUGCACUGAAAGAAGACAAAGAAGCUUUUGCCAUCGUACCCGUCUCGCCCGCCGAAGUCAGAGACCUGGACUUUGCCAACGAUGCCAGUAAAGUGUUGGCCUCCAUCGCAGGCAAACUGGAGAAGGGCACCAUCACUCAGAACGAGAGGAGGUACAUGGCAGUCAUUUUGGUGCUCUAUGUUUUCUUUACCUCUUCAAUGUUGGCACCAAACCCUUACCAGAAUGUAAUGUCCUUGGAACUCUUGGUAUCAACAUUAAGGAUUCUAAAUCUCAAAUAAAGUUUACCGAACUCUGGAUAUCUAUGGUUGUGCCUCUUCCUGUGUGUGACUUCCUGUUCCUGUGUGUCGUCCAGGGCGGUGACCAAGCUUCUGGAGGACCUGGUGUUCUUCGUGGUGGACAUCCCCAACAAUGGCCAGGAUGUUCUGGAGAUCAUGGUCAACAAGCCCAACAGAGAGAGACAGAAACUCAUGAGGGAACAGAACAUCCUCAAACAGGUAGAGGACCAUGUCAUUCAUAAGGGACAACUAGAACUUCCACAGACUGAAGGGGUGAAUAAAGGCUCAGGACAGUUACUUGAUUUUCAAUGUGGAUACAUUUUGGAGCAAGCUCCUUUGUCUACUAUUAACCUAUAUAAUGAACUUUGCCAUACUUCGCCAAACAUUUUUCCAACAAAUUCAUUUUCUUAACCUGAUGUAACAUCAUCCAACUGAUGUAAUUUUGUGUCCAGAUCUUCAAGCUGCUGCAGGCUCCAUUCACAGACAGCGGGGACGGGCCCAUGCUGCGAUUGGAGGAGCUGGCUGAUCAGCGCCACGCCCCCUUCAGACACAUCUGUCGCCUGUGUUACCGCGUGUUACGCCACUCUCAACAGGACUACCGCAAGAACCAGGUACAGCAAAGUGGUAACGGUCAGGCCUACUGGUCUGAUCCUUCUAAGGCCACACAAGGACACGUAUGACAGGUCACACGGCUGGCCUGGUCCCAAAACAACCACUACCCCCAACCUUAUCCCUUAACCUAACCCCAAACCUUUCAAUGUUUGCUGAUCUGUAGGUACUAGAUGAGUGUAAGGAAUAUGAUUGAAAUUCCCCUUAGUCCAUUGGAGGCCUAGGUGGAGUCAUCAUCACCAUUUGGCUUCUAUACACCUACAGUACCUGGUACCUUUAGACCUGCAGACCCUAACAGGCUCCAGUAAAGGAAGGGAAUAGGGGUUGUUUUCACAUGCUGUCCUGGACAGUGUUCCAGCAGACAGAGUCUUAACCUAUAGCCUAUAGAUCAAGUCACAGCACUUAUGCAAUUAGCCUAUAUACUGUCUGAUGGCACUUAAAGGGAUACUUUGGGAUUUUGGCAAUGAAGCCAUGUAUCUACUUCCCCAGAGUAAGAUAAACUCAUGGAUACCAUUUUUAUGUCUCUGCAUCCAGUAUGAAGGAAAUUCGUGGUCAUUUCAUGAGCCAAUGCUAACUAGCAUUAGUGCAUUGACUGGAAGUCUAUGCUACAAAUCAAAUCACAUUUUCUUUGUCACAUACACGUGUUUAGCAGAUGUUAUAGCGGGUCUAGCAAAACGCUUGUGCUUCUAGCUCCGACAGUGCAGUAAUAUCUAACAAUUUCACAACAUAUACCCAAUACACACAAAACUAGUAAGGAAUGGGAUUAAAGAAUAUAUACAUAUAUGGACAAGCAAUGACAGAGCGGCAUGGACUAAGAUACAGUAGAAUAUUAUAGAAUAGAAUGCAGUAUAUACAGUUGAAGUCGGAAGUUCACAUACACUUAGGUUGGAGUCAUUAAAACUUGUUUUUCAACCACUCCACAAAUUUCUUGUUAACAAACUAUAGUUUUGGCAAGUCGGUUAGGACAUCUACUUUGUGCAUGACACAAGUAAUUUUUCCAACAAUUGUUUACAGACAGAUUAUUUCACUUAUAAUUCACUGUAUCACAAUUCCAGUGGGUCAGAAGUUUACAUACACUAAGUUGACUGUGCCUUUAAACAGCUUGGAAAAUUCCAGAAAAUGGCUUUCUAUUCAUGGCUUUAGAAGCUUCUGAUAGGCUAAUUGACAUAAUUUGAGUCAAUUGGAGGUGUACCUGUGGAUGUAUUUCAAGGCCUACCUUCAAACUCGGUGCCUCUUUGCUUGACUUCAUGGGAAAAUCAAAGUAAAUCAGAAAAAACUAUUAUAGACCUCCACAAGUCUGGUUCAUCCUUGGGAGCAAUUUCCAAAUGCCUGAAGGUACCACGUUCAUCUGUACAAACAAUAGUACACAAGUAUAAACAUGGGACCAUGCAGCCGUCAUACCGCUCAGGAAGGAGACGCGUUCUGUCUCCUAGAGAUGAACGUACUUAGGUGCGAAAAGUGCAAAUCAAUCCCAGAACAACAGCAAAGGACCUUGUGAAGAUGCUGGAGGAAACAUGUACAAAAUUAUCUAUAUCCACAGUAAAACGAGUCCUAUAUCGACAUAACCUGAAAGGCCGCUCAGCAAGGAAGAAGCCACUGCUACAAAACCGCCAUAAAAAAGCCAGACUACGGUUUGCAACUGCACAUGGGGACAAAGAUCAUACUUUUUGGAGAAAUGUCCUCUGGUCUGAUUAAACAAAAAUAGAACUAUUUGGCCAUAAUGACCAUCGUUAUGUUUGGAGGAAAAAGGGGAACGCUUGCAAGCCGAAGAACACCAUCCCAACUGUGAAGCACGGGGGUGGCAGCAUCAUGCUGUGGGGGUGCUUUGCUGCAGGAGGGACUGGUGCACUUCACAAAAUAGAUGGCAUCAUGAGGAAGGAAAAUUAUGUGGAUAUAUUGAAGCAACAUCUCAAGACGUCAGUCAGGAAGUUAAAGCUUGGUCGCAAAUGGGUCUUCCAAAUGGACAAUGACCCCAAGCAUACUUCCAAAGUUGUGGCAAAAUGGCUUAAGGACAACAAAGUCAAGGUAUUGGAAUGGCCAUCACAAAGCCCUGACCUCAAUCCUAUAGAAAUUUGUGGGCAGAACUGAAAAAGCGUGUGUGAGCAAGGAGGCCUACAAACCUGACUCAGUUACUCCAGCUCUGUCAGGAGGAAUGGGCCAAAAUUCACCCAACUUAUUGUGGGAAGAUUGUGGAAGGCUACCCAAAACGUUUGACCCAAGUUAAACAAUUUAAAGACAAUGCUACCAAAUACUAAUUGAGUGUAUGUAAACUUCUGACCCACUGGGAAAGUGAUGGAAGAAAUAAAAGCUGAAAUAAAUAAUUAUCUCUACUAUUAUUCUGACAUUUCACAUUCUUAAAAUAAAGUGGUGAUCCUAACUGACCUAAGACAGGGAAUUUUUACUAGGAUUAAAUGUCAGGAAUUGUGAAAAACAGAGUUUAAAUGUAUUUGGCUAAGGUGUAUGUAAACUUCUGACUUCAACUGUACAUAUGAGAUGAGUAGUGCAAGAUAUGUAAACAUUAUUAAAGUGACUAGUGUUCCAUUUCUUAAAGUGGCCAGUGAUUUCAAUAGGCAGCAGCAGCCUCUGUGCUAGUGAUGGCUAUUUAACAGUCUGUUGGCCUUGAGAUAGAAGCUGUUUUUCAUUCUCUCGGUCCCAGCUUUGAUGCAUCUGUACUGACCUCGCCUUCUGGAUGAUAGCGGGGUGAACAGGCAGUGGCUCGGGUGGUUGAUGUCCUUGAUGAUCUUUUUGGCCUUCCUGUGACAUUGGGUGUUGUAUGUGUCUUGGAGGGCUGGUAGUUUGCCCCCGGUAAUUCGUUCGGCAGACCGCACCACCCUCUGGAGAGCCCUGCGGUUGUGGGCGGUGCAGUUGCCGUACCAGCCGGUGAUACAGCCCGACAGGAUGCUCUCAAUUGUGCAUCUGUAAAAGUUUGUGAGGGUUUUAGGUGCUAAGCCGAAUUUCUUCAGCCUCCUGAGGUUGAAGAGGCUCUGUUGCGCCUUCUUCAACACACUGUCUGCGUGGGUGGACCAUUUCAGUUUGUCGUGAUGUGUACGCCAUGGAACUUGAAGCUUUCCACCCUCUCCACUGCGGUCCCGUCGAUGUGGAUAGGGGGGUGCACCCUCUGCUGUUUCCUGAAGUCCACGAUCAUCUCCUUUGUUUUGUUGAUGUUGAGUGAGAGGUUAUUUUCCUGGCACCACACUCACAGAGCCCUCACCUCCUCCCUGUAGGCUGUCUCAUCAUUGUUGGUAAUCAAGCCUACUACUGUUGUGUCAUCUGCAAACUUGAUGACUGAGUUGGAGGCGUGCUUGGUCACGCAGUCAUGGGUGAACAGGGAGUACAGGAGGGGGCUGAGCACGCACCCUUGUGGGGCCCCAGUGUUGAGGAUCAGCGAAGUGGAGAUGUGGUUUCCUACCUUCACCACCUGGGGGCGGCCCGUCAGGAAGUCCAGGACCCAGUUGCACAGGGCGGGGUUCAGACCCAGGGCCUCGAGCUUAAUGAUGAGCUUGGAGGGUACUAUGGUGUUGAAUGCUGAGCUAUAGUCAAUGAAAAGCAGUCUGACAUAGGUAUUCCUCUUGUCCAGAUGGGAUAGGGCAGUGUGAUGGCAAUUGCAUCGUCUGUGGAUCUAUUGGGGCGGUAAGCAAAUUGAAGUGGGUCAAGGGUGACCAGUAAGGUAGAGGUGAUAUGAUACUUGUCUCUCAAAGCACUUCAUGAUGACAGAAGUGAGUGCUACAGGGCGAUAGUCAUUUAGUUCAGUUACCUUUUGCUUUCUUGGGUACAGGAACAAUGGUGGCCAUCUUGAAGCAUGUGGGAACAGCAGACUGGGAAAGGGAGAGAUUGAAUAUGUCCAUAAACACACCACCUGGUCUGCACAUGCUCUGAGGACGCGGCUAGGGAUGCCGUCUGGGCCAGCAGCCUUGCGGGGUUUAACAUGCUUAAAUGUCUUAAUCACGUCAGCCAUGGAGAAGGAGAGGCCACAGUCCUUGGUAGUGGGCCUCAUCAGUGGCACUGUGUUAUCCUCAAAGCGGGUGAAGUAGGUGUUUAGCUUGUCUGGAAGCGAGACAUCGGUGUCGGCGACGUGGCUGUUUUUUUUUUGUAGUCCGUGAUUGUCUGUAGACCCUGCCACAUACGUCUCCUGUGUGAGCCGUUGAAUUGCGACUCCACUUUGUCUCUAUACUGAUGUUUUGCCAGUUUAAUUGCCUUGCGGGGUGAGUAGCUACACUGUUUGUAUUCUGCCAUAUUCCCAGUCAUCUUGCCAUGGUUGAAUGCGGUGGUUCGCGCUUUUAGAUUUGCGCGAAUGCUGCCGUCUAUCCACGGUUUCUGGUUAGGGUAGGUUUUAAUAGUCACAGUGGGCACAUCACCACCUAUACACUUCCUGAUAAACUCAGUCACUGUUUCAGUGUAUUCGUCUAAAUUAUUUUCAGAAGCUACAUAUCCCAGUCCGCGUGAUCAAAACAAUCUUGACCAAAAGUAUGUGGACAACUGCUUGUCGAACAUCUCAUUCCAAAAUCAUCAAAUCAAAUGUUAUUUGCCACAUGCGCUGAAUACAACAGGGGCCCCGUGUAGCUCAGUUGGUAGAGCAUGGCGCUUGCAACGCCAGGGUUGUGGGUUCGAUUCCCACGGGGGACCAGUAUGAAAAUGUAUGCACUCACUAACUGUAAGUCGCUCUGGAAAUGACUAAAAUGUAAAUGUAAAAUGUGUAGACCUUACAGUGAAAUGCUUACUUACAAGCCCUUAACCAACAAUUCAGUUUAAGAAAAGAGAAAAAAAAGUGUUAAGUAAAAAAUAGAUAAGUAAAAAAUAGCAAAUAAUUAAAGAGCAGCAGUAAAAUAAAAUAACAGUAGGGAGGCUAUAUAAAGGGGGUACCGGUACAGAGUCAAUGUGCAGGGGCACCGGUUAGUCGAGGUAAUUUAGGUAAUAUGUACAUGUGGGUAUUAAUAUGGAGUUGGUCCCCCCUUUGCUGCUAUAACAGCCUCCACUCUUACUGGGAAGGCUUUCCACUAGAUGUUGGAACAUUGCUGCGGGGACUUGCUUCCAUUCAGCCACGAGCAUUAGUGAGGUCGGGCACUGAUGUUGGGUGAUUAGGCCUGGCUCACAGUCUGCAUUCCAAUUCAUCCCAAAGGUGUUAGAUGGAGUUGAGGUCAGGCUCUGUGCAGCAGGCCAGCCAAGUUCUUCCGCACCGAUCUCGACAAACCAUUUCUGUAUGGACAUUUGCUUUGUGCACGGGCGCAUUGUCAUGCUAAAACAUGAAAGGGCCUUCCCCAAACUGUUGCCGCAAAGUUGGAAGCACAGAAUCGUCUAGAAUGUCUUUGUAUGCUGUAGCAUUUAAGUUUUCCCUUCACUGGAACUAAGGGGCCUAGCUUGAACCAUGAAAAACAGCCCCAGACCAUUAUUCCUCCUCCACCAAACUUUACAGUUGGCACUAUGCACUGGGGCAAGUAGCAUUGUCCUGGCAUCCGCCAAACCCAGAUUCAUCAGCCGGACUGCCAGAUGGUGAAGUGUGAAUCAUCACUCCAGAGAACGCGUUUCCACUGCUCCAGAGUCCAAUGGCGGCGAGCUUUACACCACUCCAGCUGACACUUGGCAUUGCGCAUGGUGAACUUAGGCUUGUGUGUGGCUGCUCGGCCAUGGAAACCCAUUUAAUGAAGCUCCCAACGAGCGGUUCUUGUGCUGACGUUGCUUCGAGAGGCAGUUUGGAACUCUGUAGUGAGUGUUGCAACCGAGGAAAAUCAGUGCUCCUGUUCUGUGAGCUUGUGUGGAGUACGACUUUGCGGCUGAGCCGUUGUUGUUCUAGACGUUUCCACUUCACAAUAACAGCACUUACAGUUGACCGGGGCAGCUCUAGCAGUGCAGAAAUUUGACGAACUGACUUGUUGGAAAGGGGGCAUCCUAUGACGGUGCCACGUUGAAAGUCACUGAGCUCUUCAGUAAGGCCAUUCUACUGCCAAUGUUUGUCUAAGGAGAUUGCAUGGCUAUGUGCUCUAUUUUAUACACCUGUCAGCAACGGGUGUGGCUGAAAUAGCCGAAUCCACUAAUUUGAAGUGGAGUCCACAUACUUUUGUGUGUGUAUAUAUAGUGUAUCUGCUAGCAUGCUAGCAGUUACCGUAGACUUCCAGUCAUUGUGCUAACGCUAGUUAGCAACUUCCUUCAAACUGCACGCAGAGACUUAAAGACUGUGUCCACGAGUUAAUCUGACUCUGGGCAAGUGGAUAAACGGCUUCACUGCCAAAAUCCUGAAGUAUCCCUUUAAUGUAAAGACCAUGCCAUGCAUAGAGAGCUGUAAUUUAAUGUGGUUUUUAGUCAGUGUGUCAACUACACUCACAUUAUGCCUUCAUCAAACUUUCAGCUGCCCCAGCCCUCCCUCUCAGGGAACAAGACACGCACCCCCGCUCUCAGACACAUGCACACACACAGAAUCACGCACACGAUCGCACUCCUACAAAAACGUACAUUAUCCAUAUACACUCAGACAGACAGACACAGAAGGAUGUCUCUCUGGUCCCACUUUCACAUACUGUGUAAUUGUUGGAAUGGUGGCUGGAUUCUGCUGAAGGAGGAAGCUGCCUGAUGACUGUGGACAGGCUCUGUUCUCCCAGUCUCAGAUGAAUGCUGGAGGCCUUUGAUCCAGCCGCACUAAUUCUGUCUCCAUUAGCAGGGACCGCCAUUCUCUCUGUAGUCUAAUGACGUUACACUGGUCAGUCCAGUUGAACAAUUCCAGGAAAAUUGGGAAGAAUUUGGGGGGUAAUUGGGGAAUUACCCAUGGGAAUUGAAAGGUAGUCUGUGGAAUUUAUGUGGGGAAUCUCAGAUUUUAUCUACCCAUGAAUCCUAAGAAAUGAGUUUAGCCUGUACUACAGUAAAUUCGUUGUUGUUGAAGUAAUGAGUGGGUAAUGUUAGGUCAGGAAUACUGAGGCAACGAUGCAUAGUCUUAGUGAGCUAGUAGCAAGCUCGAUUACACUAUGAACACAUUGUCAUUGAAACUCUAAAUCAGAAGUGGCUAACCAUUCAACCAUACAUUAUUUGAUUGACCUCAUUCACAAUUAUUUAUUUAACCUCAUUUGAUAGCAUGGCAUCACAAUGUAACAUAUGCUAUUUAGUAGACACUUUUAUCCAUUGCGACUUACAGUAGUGAGUGCAUAGAUUUUUGUAUGGUUGGCCCCAGUGGAAAUCUGACCCACAACCCCUGGCGUUGCUAGCGCCAUGCACUUACUAACUGAGCCACACAGGACCACAAUCCCAAUGUUGUGAUAAUGUUUGACUAAGACCAGGGCCUGUGUUUGUCCAAUAGGAGUACAUAGCCAAGCAGUUCCGCUUCAUGCAGAAGCAGAUAGGUUAUGAUGUUCUGGCUGAGGACACUAUCACAGCCCUGCUCCACAACAACCGCAAGCUGCUGGAGAAACACAUCACCGCUGCAGAGAUAGACACCUUCGUCAGCCUCGUCAGGAAGAACCGGGAGCCCAGGUGUGUGUGUGUGUGUGUGUGUGUGUGUGUGUGUGUGUGUGUGUGUGUGUGUGUGUGUGUACAGUGGCAAGAAAAAGUAUGUGAACCCUUUGGAAUUACCUGGAUUUCUGCAUAAAUUGGUCAUAAUUUUCUGAUCUUCAUCUAAGUCACAACAAUAGACAAACACAGCCUGCUUAAACUAAUAACACAAACAAUUAUACAUUUACAUGUCUUUAUUGAACACACUGUGUAAACAUUCACAGUGCAGGGUGGAAAAAGUAUGUGAACCCUUGGAUUUAAUAACUGGUUGACCCUCCUUAGGUAGCAAUAACCUCAACCAAACGUUUUCUGUAGUUGCGGAUCAGACCUGCACAACGGUCAGGAGGAAUUUUGGACCAUUCCUCUUUACAAAACUGUUUCAGUUCAGCAAUAUUCUUGGGAUGUCUGGUGUGAAUUGCUCGAGGUCAUGCCACAGCAUCUCAAUCGGGUUGAGGUCAGGCCUCUGACUGGGCCACUCCAGAAGGCGUAUUUUCUUCUGUUGAAGCCAUUCUGUUGUUGAUUUACUUCAGUGUUUUGGGUCGUUGUCCUGUUGCAUCACCCAACUUCUGUUGAGCUUCAAUUUGGCGGACAGAUAGCCUUACAUUCUCCUGCAAAAUGUCUUCAUAAACUUGGGAAUUCAUUUUUCCGUCGAUGAUAGCAAGCUGUCCAGGCCCUGAGGCAGCAAAGCAGCCCCAAACCAUGAUGCUCCCUCCACCAUACUUUACAGUUGGGAUGAGGUUUUGAUGUUGGUGUGCUGUGCCUUUUUUUCUCCACACAUAGUGUUUGUGUUCCUUCCAAACAACUCAAGCUUAGUUUCAUCUGUUCACAGAAUAUUUUGCCAGUAGCGCUGUGGAACAUCCAGGUGCUCUUUUGCGAACUUCAGACAUGCAGCAAUGUUGUUUUGGACAGCAGUGGCUUCUUCCGUGGUGUCCUCCCAUGAACACCAUUCUUGUUUAGUGUUUUACGUAUCGUAGACUCGUCAACAGAGAUGUUCGCAUGUUCCAGAGAUAUCUGUAAGUCUUUAGCUGACACUCUAGGAUUCUUCUUAACCUCAUUGAGCAUUCUGCGCUGUGCUCUUGCAGUCAUCUUUGCAGGACGGCCACUCCUAGGGAGAAUAGCAACAGUGCUGAACUUUCUCCAUUUAUAGACAAUUGUUCUUACCAUGGACUGAUGAACAUCAAGGCUUUUAGAGAUACUUUUGUAACCCUUCCCAGCUUUAUGCAAGUCAACAAAUCUUAAUCUUAGGUCUUCUGAGAUCUCUUUUGUUCGAGGCAUGGUUCACAUCAGGCAAUGCUUCUUGUGAAUAGCAAACUCAAAUUUUGUGAGUGAUUUUUAUAGGGCAGGGCAGCUCCAAUCUCGUCUCAUUGAUUGGACUCCAGGUUAGCUGACUCCAAUUAGCUUUUGGAGAAGUCAUUAGCCUAGGAGUUCAUAUACUUUUUCCACCUACACUAUGAAUGUUUAAAUGUAUUCAAUAUAGUUUGUGUGUUAUUAGUUUAAGCAGACUGUGUUUGUCUAUUGUUGUGACUUAGAUGAAGAUCAGAUCACAUUUUAUGACCAAUUUAUACAGAAAUACAGGUAUUUCCAAAGGGUUCACAUACCUUUUCCUGCCACUGUAUGUGCAUGUGAUCACUGUGCAUGGACACAUUUGUGUGUACAGUACAGGUUUUUGGUACAGGUUUUAGUGUGUUAAUUUGCAUGUCUUGGUAUCUGUCUGUAUGUUCCUUUAUAGCCAGAUUAUAUAUUGCUGUGUUCUAUGUGAUUGAAGACUGGUUGCUGCCUGAAUGUGUUGGCCGUUUGCAACAUCAAGGGAGUAAAAACACUGUAGAGUGUGUUGUAAGCUGCUCAAGGGAAGAUGGUAUGUUUUCCUGUGUCAUUUAAUCGUGGCACUUAAUUGAAGUCUGGUGGUCAAGUGAAGCUUUUGGGGAAUUUUUUAUUGGAGGCUGAUCAUAGGUCUAUAGAAACGUGUUUUUGUCUACAUGUGAACGUCUUUGUCCGUUGAAUGAUCUGUGUGUGUCUUCCAGGUUCCUGGACUACCUGUCUGACUUGUGUGUGUCUAUGAACAAGUCUAUCCCUGUAACCCAGGAGCUCAUCUGUAACGCAGUCCUGGACCCCACCAACGGAGACAUCCUCAUAGAGACUAAGUAUGCCUCCUCUCCUCGCCUCUCCAUUCCUCUCCUCUCUUCUCCUUUGAAGAAUCAAUCAAUACCUUAUAGAAACCCAUUUUCUCCAAACAUUUAACAAUAUCCAAUGGUUGUCUGUCUAUAGUCUAUCACAGGUUGUUCUAGUAUGGCAGAUAAAGAGCGAUAUCUUCAGUGCAGUACUACUCUCUGUAAGGAAGUGUAUUCAGUAGGAUCUAUUUCAGUCAUACAGACAAGCUGCUCAAGGUGACAAUAUGAUGGAGUGUUUACUCCUGGUGUACCCUGAGCUCUACAGAACACAUUAAUGAGUCCUCAUGGUUGUCCUAAUGGACAUGCCUAACUACAGUGCCUUCAGAAAGUAUUCACACCCCUUGACUUUUUCCAGAUUUCCCAUGACGCUUGCAGCACAGGGUGGUCCGUCCUGCACACACAUCCAGGUUUAUGGUUAAUAAUAUAUGGUCAUCUAGCAAUAUACAGUGCCUUCAGACUUUUUCCACAUUUUGAUGUGUUACAGCCUGAAUUUAAAAUGGAUUAAAUUGAGAUUUUUUUGUCACUGGCCUAAAAACAUGUUUUCACUGUGUCAUUAUGGGGUACUGUGUGUAGAUGGGUGAGAAAGCAAAAUCUAUUUAAUCCAUUUAGAAUUCAGGCUGUAACACAACAAGAUGUGGAAUAAGUCAAGGGGUAUGAAUACUUUCUGAAGGCACUGUAGUAGAGAACAAUAUCAUACCAUUCAGUAAACAUCUGUUCUUUCAGAAAAUGCUUGAUAAUUGCAAAGCACUUAAUAUCUCCAUGUUUGCCAUGGGUCGAAAGUGAAAGGCUUGCAUUCAUAUGUACCUAUGUGUUCUGUUCUCAGUGCUACACAAACACACAAAUGAAGAGGCAGUUUUACUCCUUGUCCUCUCAGGACUCCAUGUGAUGCUUUUUAGUUCAACCAAACUGUAUUCCCUAGCUAUAUGACGCAGAUUACGUCGAUUUAAGGCAGCCCCCCGCACCUUUCUGAUUCAGAGGGGUUGAGUUAAAUGUGGAAGACACAUUUCAGUUGAAUGCAUUCAGUUGUGCAACUGACUAGGUAUCCCCCUUUCCCCUAGAUGUGUUAGUGAUGUGUAUCCUCAUGCCAACAUGUUUGUAUGUACCUCAGGGAGGGUCAACCGGCUAUGUGUGCAGGCUUUUGUUCUAGCCCAGCUCCAACACACCUGAUUCGGCUAAUUCGCUUUUGGUCUUCAAUUUAGACCACAUUUACAGUGGGGGAAAAAAAUUAUUUAGUCAGCCACCAAUUGUGCAAGUUCUCCCACUUAAAAAGAUGAGAGAGGCCUGUAAUUUUCAUCAUUGGUACACGUCAAUUAUGACUGACAAAUUGAGGAAAAAAAAUCCAGAAAAUCACAUUGUAGGAUUUUUAAUGAAUUUAUUUGCAAAUUAUGGUGGAAAAUAAGUAUUUGGUCACCUACAAACAAGCAAGAUUUCUGGCUUUCACAGACCUGUAACUUCUUCUUUAAGAGGCUCCUCUGUCCUCCACUCGUUACCUGUAUCAAUGGCACCUGUUUGAACUUGUUAUCAGUAUAAAAGACACCUGUCCACAACCUCAAACAGUCACACUCCAAACUCCACUAUGGCCAAGACCAAAGAGCUGUCAAAGGACACCAGAAACAAAAUUGUAGACCUGCACCAGGCUGGGAAGACUGAAUCUGCAAUAGGUAAGCAGCUUGGUUUGAAGAAAUCAACUGUGGGAGCAAUUAUUAGGAAAUGGAAGACAUACAAGACCACUGAUAAUCUCCCUCGAUCUGGGGCUCCACGCAAGAUCUCACCCCGUGGGGUCAAAAUGAUCACAAGAACGGUGAGCAAAAAUCCCAGAACCACACGGGGGGACCUAGUGAAUGACCUGCAGAGAGCUGGGACCAAAGUAACAAAGCCUACCAUCAGUAACACACUACGCCGCCAAGGACUCAAAUCCUGCAGUGCAAGACGUGUCCUCCUGCUUAAGCCAGUACAUGUCCAGGCCCGUCUGAAGUUUGCUAGAGUGCAUUUGGAUGAUCCAGAAGAGGAUUGGGAGAAUGUCAUAUGGUCAGAUGAAACCAAAAUAUAAUUUUUUGGUAAAAACUCAACUCUUCGUGUUUGGAGGACAAAGAAUGCUGAGUUGCAUCCAAAGAACACCAUACCUACUGUGAAGCAUGGGGGUGGAAACAUCAUGCUUUGGGGCUGUUUUUCAGCAAAGGGACCAGGACGACUGAUCCGUGUAAAGGAAAGAAUGAAUGGGGCUAUGUAUCGUGAGAUUUUGAGUGAAAACCUCCUUCCAUCAGCAAGGGCAUUGAAGAUGAAACGUGGCUGGGUCUUUCAGCAUGACAAUGAUCCCAAACACACCGCCCGGGCAAUGAAGGAGUGGCUUCGUAAGAAGCAUUUCAAGGUCCUGGAGUGGCCUAGCUAGUCUCCAGAUCUCAACCCCAUAGAAAGUCUUUGGAGGGAGUUGAAAGUCCGUGAUGCCCAGCGACAGCCCCAAAACAUUACUGCUCUAGAGCAGAUCUGCAUGGAGGAAUGGGCCAAAAUACCAGCAACAGUGUGUGAAAACCUUGUGAAGACUUACAGAAAACGUUUGACCUGUGUCAUUGCCAACAAAGGGUAUAUAACAAAGUAUUGAGAAACUUUUGUUAUUGACCAAAUACUUAUUUUCCACCAUAAUUUGCAAAUUAAUUAAUUAAAAAUCCUACAAUGUGUUUUUCUGGAUUUUUUUUUCUCAUUUUGUCUGUCAUAGUUGACGUGUACCUAUGAUGAAAAUUACAGGCCUCUCUCAUCUUUUUAAGUGGGAGAACUUGCACAAUUGGUGGCUGACUAAAUACUUUUUUCCCCCACUGUACUUGAAUACAGUGUUUUCGAGCAGGGCUGGUACGAGACUGGUGCUGUCCAGGUUUGAGAUCUAAUACUGUUUCCACAACCUGAAUAGUCAUGGUUAUGAUUGGUGAUUUGGUAAUCUGAUCCUAGAUCUGUCGUUAGAGGGGUUAUAACAAUUCCUCUCCUCCCGAGACUGGUGCUGUCCAGGUUUGAGAUCAGAUGUUGAUUCCCCCUUGAUAAUUAUUGCUGAUAGGGCAAUCUGAUCCUAGAUCUGUUGUUAUAGGGGAAACUUAUUCUCCCCUCCCCAGAUUGGUGCUGUCAAGGUUUGAGAUCGAAGGAGCAUCCAUCGGAGAGAACUCAGUGGAGUCUGAGGAGGACGAGGAGGAGGUGUGGCUGUUCUGGAAGGACAGCAGUAAGGAGAUCAGGAGUAAGAGCAUCAGAGAACUGGCCCAGGAUGCCAAGGAAGGCGCCAAGGAGGACCAAGAGGUGGUCAGCUACUACAGGUCAGAAACAACACCAGGAUUUUUCUCUUCUUUACUGUCUGUGACUGUAAAAGGUGAAUAACGUCUGUGUCGGUCUAAAUACUAGUGUGUGUGUGUAUAUGUGGGUUUCAUCCUUGAUUUUUUCAUCCUUCAUCCUAGUUUCCUGAGUGGCGCAGUGGUCUAAGGCACUGCAUCGCAGUGCUAACUGUGCCACUAGAGAUCCUGGUUCGAAUCCAGGCUCUGUCGCAGCCGGCCGCGACCGGGAGACUCAUGGGCGGCGCACAAUUGGCCCAGCGUCGUCCAGGGUAGGGGAGGGAAUGGCCGGCAGGGAUGUAGCUCAGUUGAUAGAGCAUGGCGUUUGCAACGCCAGGGUUGUGGGUUCGAUUCCCACGGGGGGCCAGUAUAAAAAAAAAAUAUGUAUUCACUAACUGUAAGUCGCUCUGGAUAAGAGCGUCUGCUAAAUGACUAAAAAUGUAAAUGUAAAAAUUUUUGGAAAUGGGGUCCUACACAUUGGGAGUGGAUGAGGUAAGUACUACCCACCCCCUCUCCCCUUACAAGUUCAUAUGAGUACUUGGAAAAGGUCCAAUAUAAAUGAAAUAAUUUAUAGUCCACUUUGUUCUGAAACUAAUGAUAUUAAUUGAUUAAUAAAGUACCAGGAAGUAGAGAACCAGCAUGCACCAUUAACCUUGAAACUUGGACUUUCUGUUUGUUCAUUGUCUCCUUUAUUGCCUCUGUGUCUCUAAAUGUCUAAGCAGUGAUGCCCCUGUCCCUACCUCUCUCUAUCUCCCAGGUACCAGCUGAACCUGUUUGCACGGAUGUGUCUGGACCGUCAGUACCUGGCCAUCAAUAAGAUCUCUGGCCAGCUGGACGUGGACUUGAUCCUGCGCUGCAUGUCUGAUGAGGACCUGCCUUACGACCUGCGCGCUUCCUUCUGCCGCAUGAUGCUGCACAUGCACGUGGACCGCGACCCCCAGGAACAGGUCACGCCUGUAAAGUAUGCCCGCCUCUGGUCUGAGAUCCCCUCCGAGAUCGCCAUUGAUGAGUGAGUGGCAGGGCCGACGGCCUAUCAGGGUUGGGGAAAGGAUUUAGUAGCAGGGACAAUGGCCAAUCAGGGUUGAGGAAAGGAAUGACUUGUAUGUCCAAUGGCCAUCAGGAAUGGAGUAAGUGGAGUGUACACAGUUUGGAGUGAAGGAGGGAAUACAAUGUGUCAUAGCCUUGAUAAGCCUGAUAAGUCUUGUGUGGACAUUAUUUGAGCUUAGGUAGAAAAUCACAUCAGUCUUAAUGGAGUGUUGAGAGUAGCAUUAACAUGGUAAGAGUUAGUCGUAAGUUCUCAACUGUCCCCUACCUGUAUCCCUUGGUCCCAGCUAUGACAACGACGGCACGUCCAAGGAUGAGAUCAAGGAACGUUUUGCCCUGACCAUGGAGUUUGUCGAGAACUACCUGAGAGACGUGGUGUGUCAGAGCUUCCCAUUCGCCGACAAGGAGAAGAACAAACUCACCUUCGAGGUAAUUGGUCAGUCCAUCUCAAAUCAAAUCAAAUCAAAUUUUAUUGGUCACAUGCGCCGAAUACAACAGGUGCAGACAUUACAGUGAAAUGCUUACUUACAGCCCUUAACCAACAGUGCAUUUAUUUUUAACAAAAAAAGUAAAAAUAAAACAACAACAAAAAAAGUGUUGAGAAAAAAAGAGCAGAAAUAAAAUAACAGUAGGGAGGCUAUAUAUACAGGGGGGUACCGGUGCAGAGUCAAUGUGCGGGGGCACCGGCUAGUUGAGAUAGUUGAAGUAAUAUGUACAUGUGGGUAGAGUUAAAGUGACUAUGCAUAAAUAAUUAACAGAGUAGCAGCAGCGUAAAAAGGAUGGGGUGGGGGGGCAGUGCAAAUAGUCCGGGUAGCCAUGAUUAGCUGUUCAGGAGUCUUAUGGCUUGGGGGUAGAAGCUGUUGAGAAGUCUUUUGGACCUAGACUUGGCACUCCGGUACCGCUUGCCGUGCGGUAGCAGGGAGAACAGUCUAUGACUAGGGUGGCUGGAGUCUUUGACAAUUUUGAGGGCCUUCCUCUGACACCGCCUGGUAUAGAGGUCCUGGAUGGCAGGAAGCUUGGCCCCAGUGAUGUACUGGGCCGUACGCACUACCCUCUGUAGUGCCUUGCGGUCGGAGGCCAAGCAGUUGCCAUACCAGGCGGUGAUGCAACCAGUCAGGAUGCUCUCGAUGGUGCAGCUGUAGAAUUUUUUGAGGAUCUGAGGACCCAUGCCAAAUCUUUUCAGUCUCCUGAGGGGGAAUAGGCUUUGUCGUGCCCUCUUCACGACUGUCUUGGUGUGUUUGGACCAUGAUAGUUCGUUGGUGAUGUGGACACCAAGGAACUUGAAGCUCUCAACCUGUUCCACUACAGCCCCGUCGAUGAGAAUGGGGGCGUGCUCAGUCCUCUUUUUUUUCCUGUAGUCCACAAUCAUCUCCUUUGUUUUGGUCACGUUGAGGGAGAGGUUGUUGUCCUGGCACCACACAGCCAGGUCUCUGACCUCCUCCCUAUAGGCUGUCUCAUCGUUGUCGGUGAUCAGGCCUACCACUGUUGUGUCGUCGGCAAACUUAAUGAUGGUGUUGGAGUCGUGCCUGGCCAUGCAGUCAUGGGUGAACAGAGAGUACAGGAGGGGACUGAGCACGCACCCCUGAGGGGCCCCCGUGUUGACGAUCAGUGUGGCAAAUGUGUUGUUACCUACCCUUACCACCUGGGGGCGGCCCGUCAGGAAGUCCAGGAUCCAGUUGCAGAGGGAGGUGUUUAGUCCCAGGAUCCUUAGCUUAGUGAUGAGCUUAGAGGGCACUAUGGUGUUGAAUGCUGAGCUGUAGUCAAUGAAUAGCAUUCUCACGUAGGUGUUCCUCUUGUCCAGGUGGGAAAGGGCAGUGUGGAGUGCAAUAGAGAUUGCAUCAUCUGUGGAUCUGUUGGGGCAGUAUGCAAAUUGGAGUGGGUCUAGGGUUUCUGGGAUAAUGCUGUUGAUGUGAGCCAUGACCAGCCUUUCAAAGCACUUCAUGGCUACAGACGUCAGUGCUACGGGUCGGUAGUCAUUUAGGCAGGUUAUCUUAGAGUCCUUGGGCACGGGGACUAUGGUGGUCUGCUUGAAACAUGUUGGUAUUACAGACUCAGUCAGGGACAUGUUGAAAAUGUCAGUGAAGACACUUGCCAGUUUGUCAGCACAUGCUCGGAGUACACGUCCUGGUAAUCCGUCUGGCCCUGCGGCCUUGUGAAUGUUGACCUGCUUAAAAGUCUUACUUACAUCAGCUACGGAGAGCGUGAUCACAUAGUCAUCCGGAACAGCUGGUGCUCUCAUGCAUGCUUCAGUGUUGCUUGCCUCGAAGCGAGCAUAGAAGUUGUUUAGCUCGUCUGGUAGGCUUGUGUCACUGGGCAGCUCGCGGCUGUGCUUCCCUUUGUAGUCUAUAGACUGAGACCCAGUCUAUAUUAGUCAAAGCAGUAUGAGACCCAGUCCCUAUUGGUCAUAGCAGAAUGAGUCUCAGUAGGACAUGGAUUUACACUAGCUUUGUUCUCUUUCCCCAUCUCUUUCUGUUCCCAGGUAGUGAAUCUAUCCAGGAACCUCAUCUACUUUGGCUUCUACAACUUCAGUGACCUGCUGAGGCUGACCAAGAUCCUACUGGCCAUCCUGGACUGUGUCCACGUCAGCACCAUCUUCCCCAUCAACAAGCUGGAGAAGGGAGAUGAGACUAAAGGUAGGACACAGUAACAUACUGCCCCCUAGAGGGGUGAAAGGUCAAACAUCAGUGGGGCUUGAAUAGGGUUGCAAAUUUCCAGAAACAUUCCUAAAGUUCCCAGGUUUUUCUCAGAAAUACUGGUUGGAUUCUGGGAUUUUGCAACCCUAAGCUUGAGCAUUAUUCACCCCAUGGCCAACAAAGUACUGAACAAUUGUGCUCGCACAUACAUGAUGGUUGGGCCAAUCAUGUGUGCCUGCAUGCCUUUCCAGGCAGUAAUGUAAUGCGCUCCAUCCACGGGGUGGGGGAGCUGAUGACCCAGGUUGUCCUGAGAGGAGGGGGGUUCCUGCCCACCACCCCCAUCAACCCCUCCAACGGGGACCAGGUCAAGGCCCAAACAGAACCGGAGAAACAGGACAUCCUGGUCAUGGACACCAAGCUCAAGAUCAUAGAGAUACUACAGGUAGUAAGGCCCACGCACAUGCACACACACACACACACACACACAUCACAAUCGAUGCAUACAUGCAAUGGAUGUGGACAUACAGUAUACUGUAUACACCCCUUUGCAAACGUCCUUCCCGUCAAACUUGGCUACCCUCCUUAACCCCAACCACUCACCCAUAACCCCCAUUGCUUAUCCUAAUAUAAUCCCCCUACAAUACACUAGUCUUACUCAUUUAGUAUGUGUCAUGUUCCUCUCGUCUCUCUGCAGUUCAUUCUGAAUGUGCGUCUGGACUACCGGAUCUCCUGUCUGCUGUGUAUCUUUAAGAGGGAGUUUGAUGAGAGCAACUCCCAGUCUGAUCUGUCUAUAGCAGGAACCCAUGAGGGACCAAACAACAUGCCAGGUGAGAGGAGAAUUCAGCUUAUGGCACCCAUCACUUGGCGUGACACCUCUCUGUGUGUUACUAAGGUCACUCUGAAUUGAUUUCUCAGGAGCUCUGGACUUUGAGAACAUAGAGGAGCAGGCAGAGGGGAUAUUUGGUGGAAGGUAAUUGUUGUGAUACACUAAACCUGCAACAAUUAGUCUGGCUCAUUUCAGUUAUUUUUUCAUACUUGGCAUGGCUAAUUCACAGUUUGUUGUGUGUGUUUGUGAAUGUGUUAAAAAAUGUGUGCUUGUGUGCCCACACCCAGUGAGGAGAACACCCCGUUGGACCUAGAUGACCAUGGUGGUAGGACCUUCCUGAGGGUCCUGCUCCACCUCACCAUGCAUGACUACCCUCCCCUGGUGUCCCGAGCCCUCCACCUGCUCUUCAGACACUUCAGCCAGAGACAGGAGGUUCUACAGGCAUUCAAACAGGUACACUACUACUACCCACCCACCAUACAACUAGUAUACUGUCAAAUCAAAUCAAAUCAAAUUUUAUUGGUCACAUGCGCCGAAUACAACAGGUGCAGACAUUACAGUGAAAUGCUUACUUACAGCCCUUAACCAACAGUGCAUUUAUUUUUAACAAAAAAAGUAAAAAAUAAAACAACAACAAAAAACAUUAUGUACAAAAUAAAUUACAAAUAACGCGGAAAAACACACAUAAUAGUACAAUUGGUUAGAGGGCUGUAAAACGGCAGCCAUCUUCUCCGGCGCUACAGUGGGGGAAAAAAGUAUUUAGUCAGCCACCAAUUGUGCAAGUUCUCCCACUUAAAAAGAUGAGAGAGGCCUGUAAUUUUCAUCAUAGGUACACGUCAACUAUGACAGACAAAUUGAGGAAAAAAAUCCAGAAAAUCAAAUUGUUGGAUUUUUAAUGAAUUUAUUUGCAAAUUAUGGUGGAAAAUAAGUAUUUGGUCACCUACAAACAAGCAAGAUUUCUGGCUUUCACAGACCUGUAACUUCUUCUUUAAGAGGCUCCUCUGUCCUGAAUGACCUGCAGAGAGCUGGGACCAAAGUAACAAAGCCUACCAUCAGUAACACACUACGCCGCCAGGGACUCAAAUCCUGCAGUGCAAGACGUGUCCUCCUGCUUAAGCCAGUACAUGUCCAGGCCCGUCUGAAGUUUGCUAGAGUGCAUUUGGAUGAUCCAGAAGAGGAUUGGGAGAAUGUCAUAUGGUCAGAUGAAACCAAAAUAUAAUUUUUUGGUAAAAACUCAACUCGUCGUGUUUGGAGGACAAAGAAUGCUGAGUUGCAUCCAAAGAACACCAUACCUACAGUGAAGCAUGGGGGUGGAAACAUCAUGCUUUGGGGCUGUUUUUCUGCAAAGGGACCAGGACGACUGAUCCGUGUAAAGGAAAGAAUGAAUGGGGCCAUGUAUCGUGAGAUUUUGAGUGAAAACCUCCUUCCAUCAGCAAGGGCAUUGAAGAUGAAACGUGGCUGGGUCUUUCAGCAUGACAAUGAUCCCAAACACACCGCCCGGGCAACGAAGGAGUGGCUUCGUAAGAAGCAUUUCAAGGUCCUGGAGUGGCCUAGCCAGUCUCCAGAUCUCAACCCCAUAAAUCUUUGGAGGGAGUUGAAAGUCCGUGUUGCCCAGCGACAGCCCCAAAACAUCACUGCUCUAGAGGAGAUCUGCAUGGAGGAAUGGGCCAAAAUACCAGCAACAGUGUGUGAAAACCUUGUGAAGACUUACAGAAAGCGUUUGACCUGUGUCAUUGCCAACAAAGGGUAUAUAACAAAAUAUUGAGAAACUUUUGUUAUUGACCAAAUACUUACUUUCCACCAUAAUCUGCAAAUAAAUUCAUUAAAAAUCCUACAAUGUGAUUUUCUGGAUUAGUUUUUCUCAUUUUGUCUGUCAUAGUUGACGUGUACCUAUGAUGAAAAUUACAGGCCUCAUCUUUUUAAGUGGGAGAACUUGCACAAUUGGUGGCUGACUAAAUACUUUUUUCCCUCACUGUACUAAUGAUGCACGGGUCAGAUAUCUUUUGACCCGCAUCUGACCUGCAGUAAAAAUAAAAAUAAACUGCCCUUCACCCGCCUAAUGUAAUAUAAUAGAAACAAUGACACACAUCUCAUUUAAAGUAGCCAAUUCUAAAUGCAUGAGUAGAUUGUAUAAACAUUUCUCAGAAAGACUAGGGUUUUGAGCUGAUUCGCGCAUCACAAAAGCAUACCCAUUAGCUAUACUUAUUUGGACAUAUUAUUAUUAUGCACUUAUUGUAUGUCUGAAUACAAAUGUUUGCUAAAUAACUAAAAUGUCAAAUGUAGUCCUAUUAGUCAUACAUACAGAAUAGUCAUACAUAGUGUAUUCACUAUCCUAGAAGUUACUUAACUCAUAGUCCGUAUUUGCCAUUACACUGUGUAGCCUACCAAUGACCCCAUUACUCACACUUACCUAAUAUCCUUCGAGUAAUUCCAAUUAUCCUAACAGUCUAUAAGUACCCGGUAGGGCUUUAGUCAUGCUUGACCAGGAAAUGACUGCAUGACCUGACCAGGAAAACCUAUAAGUAUACACUCCAACUAGGGCCCAGAGUGUAUCCUAGUCCAGUCACAUGAUCAGGUAAAACUCUUAUUUGUCUCUAAUCAUAAACACCAUGCAGCCAUCCCACAUCUGGUAUCCUCCAUACUGGUGUCCUACUGGUUUGUUGUCCAUGCCUCCAGGUCCAGUUGCUGGUGACUAGUCAGGAUGUGGAGAACUACAAGCAGAUCAAGUCAGACCUGGACCAGCUACGCUCCAUUGUGGAGAAGUCUGAGCUGUGGGUCUACAAGAGACUGGGGCCAGACGAGGGCAUGGACACUGGGGAACACUCUGCCAAGUCUCAACACAUGAAGGUACAGUAGUAGUCCGAGAAGGUACAGUAGUAGUCCGAGAAGGUACAGUAGUAGUCCGAGAUGGUACAGUAGUAGUCCGAGAUGGUACAGUAGUAGUCCGAGAUGGUACAGUAGUAGUCCGAGAAGGUACAGUAGUAGUCCAAGAAGAUACAGUUGUAGGCAUCCACAGACCAGGAGUUAGCCACCUAGUGCUUAGCUCUGUGUGUUAAACUAUGGCAAUAGAGCGUUGGUGUUAGCCUGCUCGCUAUCCUUUGGGAGAGAUGCAUUGGCUAAGGGUCUUGUUCUGCUUGUUCUUUAGGGUGACUCCAACUCAGGUGGCUCAGAUAAACCAAAGAAACCAGAGAGCACCAGCAGCUACAACUACAGAGUGGUGAAGGAGGUGACGUCUAAACAGUCUUUUUAAACUUUUCAAUAUACUGUAUUAUCACAUACAGUGGGGAGAACAAGUAUUUGAUACACUGCUGAUUUUGCAGGUUUUCCUACUUACAAAGCAUGUAGAGGUCUGUAAUUUUUAUCAUAGGUACACUUCAACUGUGAGAGACGGAAUCUAAAACAAAAAUCCAGAAAAUCACAUUGUAUGACUUUUAAGUAAUUCAUUUGCAUUUUAUUGCAUGACAUAAGUAUUUGAUACAUCAGAAAAGCAGAACUUAAUAUUUGGUACAGAAACCUUUGUUUGCAAUUACAGAGAUCAUACGUUUCCUGUAGGUCUUGACCAGGUUUGCACACACUGCAGCAGGGAUUUUGGCCCACUCCUCCAUACAGACCUUCUCCAGAUCCUUCAGGUUUCGGGGCUGUCGCUGGGCAAUACGGACUUUCAGCUCCCUCCAAAUAUUUUCUAUUGGGUUCAGGUCUGGAGACUGGCUAGGCCACUCCAGGACCUUGAGAUGCUUCUUACGGAGCCACUCCUUAGUUGCCCUGGCUGUGUGUUUCGGGUCGUUGUUAUGCUGGAAGACCCAGCCACGACCCAUCUUCAAUGCUCUUACUGAGGGAAGGAGGUUGUUGGCCAAGAUCUCACGAUACAUGGCCCCAUCCAUCCUCCCCUCAAUACGGUGCAGUCGUCCUGUCCCCUUUGCAGAAAAGCAUCCCCAAAGAAUGAUGUUUCCACCUCCAUCGGUUGGGAUGGUGUUCUUGGGGUUGUACUCAUCCUUCUUCUUCCUCCAAACACGGCGAGUGGAGUUUAGACCAAAAAGCUCUAUUUUUGUCUCAUCAGACCACAUGACCGUCUCCCAUUCCUCCUCUGGAUCAUCCAGAUGGUCAUUGGCAAACUUCAGACAGGCCUGGACAUGCACUGGCUUGAGCAGGGGGACCUUGCGUGCGUUACAGGAUUUUAAUCCAUGACGGCGUAGUGUGUUACUAAUGGUUUUCUUUGAGACUGUGGUCCCAGCUCUCUUCAGGUCAUUGACCAGGUCCUGCCGUGUAGUUCUGGGCUGAUCCCUCACCUUCCUCAUGAUCAUUGAUGCCCCAAGAGGUGAGAUCUUGCAUGGAGCCCCAGACCGAGGGUGAUUGACCGUCAUCAUGAACUUCUUCCAUUUUCUAAUAAUUGCGCCAACAGUUGUUGCCUUCUCACCAAGCUGCUUGCCUAUUGUCCUGUAGCCCAUCCCAGCCUUGUGCAGGUCUACAAUUUUAUCCCUGAUGUCCUUACACAGCUCUCUGGUCUUGGCCAAUGUGGAGAGGUUGGAGUCUGUUUGAUUGAGUGUGUGGACAGCUGUCUUUUAUACAGGUAACAAGUUCAAACAGGUGCCAUUAAUACAGGUAAUGAGUGGAGAACAGGAGGGCUUCUUAAAGAAAAACUAACAGGUCUGUGAGAGCCGGAAUUCUUACUAGUUGGUAGGUGAUCAAAUACUUAUGUCAUGCAAUAAAACGCAAAUUAAUUACUUAAAAAUCAUACAAUGUGAUUUUCUGGAUUUUUGUUAUAGAUUCCGUCUCUCACAGUUGAAGUGUACCUAUGAUAACAAUUACAGACCUCUACAUGCUUUGUAAGUAGGAAAACCUGCAAAAUCAGCAGUGUAUCAAAUACUUGUUCUCCCCACUGUAAGUAUCUGGGACGGAUAGAGCUAUGGUUAACGUAGUUAAGCUAGACCCUAUGUUUACACACGUUGGCUGACUGUGUCUAUCCCAUGUAUGUGUGUGGGUAGAUUCUGCUGCGUCUCAGCAGGCUGUGUGUUCAGGAGGGUCUGUUCGGCAGGAAGAGUAAGAAGCAGCAGCAGAGACUGCUCAGGAACAUGGGGGCUCACACCGUGGUGCUGGAGUUACUGCAGAUCCCCUAUGAGAAGGUACUGGUGCGUGUGUGUGCGCAUGUGGUAUGUGUGUGUUUGUAGAUUUGUGUUUGUGUGGGCAUGUUUGUAGAUUUGUGUUUGCGUGCUCUCCAUCCUUUCAUCCUCUGUGUUAUCUUCAGGGGGAGGACGUGCGUAUGCAGGAGAUCAUGAAGCUGGCCCACCAGUUCCUGCAGAACUUCUGUGCAGGGAACCAGCAGAACCAGGCCCUGCUCCACAAACACAUCAACCUGUUCCUCAACCCUGGGGUGAGACAGACUACACUGACCCACCAUGACCUCACCACUGUUCUUACUAUGACAUUAACACUGUCUUACUUUAACCACCUCUUCUACUCUUUCUCUCUCUUUUUCUCUUUCUCUUCUCCCCCCCCCCCCCCUUCAGAUCCUCGAAGCAGUCACCAUGCAGCAUAUCUUCAUGAAUAACUUCCAGCUGUGCAGUGAGAUCAACGAGCGCGUGGUGCAGCACUUUGUCCACUGCAUCGAGACGCAUGGCCGCAACGUCCAGUACCUCAAGUUCCUGCAGACCAUCGUCAAGGCCGAGAGCAAGUUCAUUAAGAAGUGUCAGGACAUCGUCAUGGCUGAGGUCUUUUCUCAAUGCUAACCUCAGCAUGUGUAUUUGUCAACAUUUCAGUCUAGUUGACUCUUUUCAAGACAGUUAAUUUGUUAUUCUCAAAGAGUUUUCUAUUACUACAACUUAAUACCUUAGCCCAUCAAAUCAUAUGCAACUCAAGUCCAUCACCAACAAAUCAUAUUUUGACAUAUUUUACCAUCCCUUUCCAACCUACCUACCCAUUGACUCUCUAUAUUUUUCUCUCUUCUCUGUCCCUCUCUCCCCAUAGCUGGUGAAUGCUGGCGAGGAUGUGCUAGUGUUCUACAAUGACCGUGCGUCCUUCCAGACCCUGGUGACGAUGAUGCGGUCGGAGCGGGACCGUAUGGAUGAGAACAGUCCUCUGAUGUACCACAUCCACCUGGUAGAGCUGCUGGCUGUCUGCACUGAAGGCAAGAACGUCUACACUGAGAUCAAAUGUAACUCUCUGCUGCCUCUGGACGACAUAGUGAGGGUGGUCACCCACGAGGACUGCAUCCCUGAGGUGAGCUGAAGAGAUGAAGGAUGGGAGAUACAGAGGUUAGGGAGAAGGGUGGGACUUAGGUUUAGGGAGUUAUGGUUAGACUUGAAGGUCUAGAGCAAGGGCCUGUGGGUCCCCAAGACUUCACAAGCGAACAGUACCAAUUAUCAACUAACCGUCCCCACAAAGGCCUGAAUGCCCUCGUCCCCCUGUUCCACUCUUGUGGACAACUAAUUGUCCACUAGCUGUCAUCUUCUCUGUGUUAGACAGUAGUGAGCCUCACUCUAUGGGGACAAACCCAGUACAACCAUGUCCCCUAGAUCAACUAACAUCAUGCCACUGUACUCCAGCUCAGGCCAAAGCUACUAUCACGAUGCAUUCAUCAUCAUUGUAUAACAACUCCUAGGGGCAUAGACAGGGUGUAAUGAUUGUGUUUAAUCCUGUCCUUUCCAGGUGAAGAUAGCCUACAUCAACUUCCUGAACCACUGCUAUGUGGACACAGAGGUGGAGAUGAAGGAGAUCUACACUAGCAACCACAUGUGGAAGCUCUUUGAGAACUUCCUGGUGGACAUCUGCAGGGUGAGGGACAACACUUACACAAUAGUUAUGUCUGAAUGACUGAUGAGUAUGGGUCAGGGUUUCAAUGAAACUAAUUUAGAAGGCAUCAUUGGAGCACAAUAGUAUAAUUAUUAGCAUAAUACAGUUUAUCCUCCCUAUACCGUACUAUACUGUACAUAGGCCUGCAUUCAUUCAGUAUUCUGACAUUCAGACUGUAUAGAUGUUAUAAGUGCAGUACAACUGCAGGUGUAACAGGAAUGAGUUGUGGUCACCUUCUUGACCUUGUGACCUCUGCAGGUGUGCAACAACACGAGUGACCGCAAACACGCCGACACGGUCCUGGAGAGCUACGUGACCGAGACAGUCAUGGGCAUCGUGACCACCUUCUUCAGCUCGCCCUUCUCCGACCAGUCCACCAGCCUGCAGGUAACCACCGCAACCAACAACUAACCACUAUGUUGUCCAUUUUACAUGAUCGUGUCAACCCAAACUAAACUGUUGGAUCAGAUAUUUUAUUUUCACAUAAUUGAAACCGUGCUGAAAAGGACAAUGGUGAAUGUGUAACCAGGCCGGCUCAGUAAAGCUUGGUUUGGCUCGGCUCGGAGUAAGACAGUGUUUAUGUCAUGGUUAAAGGUUAAAAAUUACCAAAUGUAUCUCUGUAAUUACAGUGUAGCUCCCAGCUCACAAGAGGCACCAGUCUCUCUCCUAACAUGGCCCCUCCCACACCUAGCUUAUGUUACCUCUAACCCCCAGCCCCCUCUCUCUCUUUCAUCACUUCAUUGUAUAGGUGGCCAGGACCAUGUUUGUAAGUAUGGAUAGAUAUACUAAUAGACACCAAAUCUACAUUUAACCACAUAUGCAUACAUUAUGUCCCCUCCCUCAAUUGACAUAACAUAUUGGUUUCACCCCCCUACCCUCCCCACCUACCUACCUAUAUGGUGAAUCCAUUUGAAUUCAAUCACUUUUUGACAACACCCUGUUUGAUUUGAACAAAACCCUCCAUACAUAUUUGACCAUUGAAGAAGUGUUCAGAAAGUGCAUUUUUUUUACCUUAAUGCCAAAACAUUCAAGAGAUAAAGGUGCUCAAAGUUGACCCAUUUUGCAUACCCCACCAUACCAUGAGACAUCCAUGUCUUCAUUACUGGAAAAGAUAAACAGUUGAGUUUAUCAUUUAAAAGCUUACAGGGUUGUCAAACUAUUUUAUAAUUUCUUGAAAAACAUGUUUUUUAAUAGAAAACUGACAUUUUUUAACCUUUAACAUCAAUUAUCUUAAUGCGUAAACUCAGAUUUUUUUGCAUAUUCACAUAUGUUGUUAAGACAUGCUCUUGAAUACAGGGUGGGUUUAAUAUUUUGGCUGAUAAAUGUACUAAAAUGGGAAUUAUAUUUUAAAUGUCAACUUUCAAAUGGGACCACAAAGAUGGUUGGCGGUCCACACACCAGAGAAUGUUGACUUGAAUGGGAAUAUCUGUUGUUUUAAAUUAUACUGUUAAUCCUCCAUAGGAAACCUAUUGAAAUAUAGAUCAUAGAAUAGACAUGACCAUUUAAGUUGACAUUCGACGGUGGGUGGACCGGUGGUCAUCUUUGUGGAAGUAAACAUUUCAAUUCAAUUUACAGAAUGUUUGGAAAGUAUUCAGACCCCUUGACUUUUUACACAUUUUGUUACGUUACAGCCUUAUUCUAAAAUGGAUUAAAUUGUUUUCCCCCCUCAUCAAUCUACACACAAUACCCUAUAAUGAGAAAGCAAAAAUGACAGGUUUUUCGAAAUUUUAGCAAAAUAAAAUAAAUAUCACAUUUACGUACAGUGAGGGGAAAAAAGUAUUUGAUCCCCUGCUGAUUUUAUAUGUUUUCCCACUGACAAAGACAUGAUCAGUCUAUAAUUUUAAUGGUAGGUUUAUUUGAACAGUGAGAGACAGAAUAACAACAAAAAAAUCCAGAAAAAUGCUUGUGAAAUAUGUUAUAAAUUGAUUUGCAUUUUAAUGAGGGAAAUAAGUAUUUGACCCUGCUGCAAAACAUGACUUAGUACUUGGUGGUAAAACCCUUGUUGGCAAUCACAGAGGUCAGACGUUUCUUGUAGUUGGCCACCAGGUUUGCACACAUCUCAGGAGGGAUUUUGUCCCACUCCUCUUUGCAGAUCUUCUCCAAGUCAUUAAGGUUCGAGGCUGACGUUUGGCAACUCGAACCUUCAGCUCCCUCCACAGAUUUUCUAUGGGAUUAAGGUCUGGAGACUGGCUAGGCCACUCCAGGACCUUAAUGUGCUUCUUCUUGAGCCACUCCUUUGUUGCCUUGGCUGUGUGUUUUGGGUCAUUGUCAUGCUGGUAUACCCAUCCAUGACCCAUUUUCAAUGCCCUGGCUGAGGGAAGGAGGUUCUCACCCAAGAUUUGAUGGUACAUGGCCCGUCCAUCGUCCCUUUGAUGCGGUGAAGUUGUCCUGUCCCCUUAGCAGAAAAACACCCCAAAGCAUAAUGUUUCCACCUCCAUGUUGGACGGUGGGGAUGGUGUUCUUGGGGUCAUAGGCAGCAUUCCUCCUCCUCCAAACACGGCGAGUUGAGUUGAUGGCAAAGAGCUCGAUUUUGGUCUCAUCUGACCACAACACUUUCACCCAGUUCUCCUCUGAAUCAUUCAGAUGUUCAUUGGCAAACUUCAGAUGGGCCUGUAUAUGUGCUUUCUUGAGCAGGGGGACCUUGCGGGCGCUGCAGGGUUUCAGUCCUUCACGGCGUAGUGUGUUACCAAUUGUUUUCUUGGUGACUAUGGUCCCAGCUGCCUUGAGAUCAUUGACAAGAUCCUCACGUGUAGUCUGGGCUGAUUCCUCACCGUUCUCAUGAUCAUUGCAACUCCACGAGGUGAGAUCUUGCAUGGAGCCCCAGGCCGAGGGAGAUUGACAGUUAUUUUGUGUUUCUUCCAUUUGCGAAUAAUCGCACCAACUGUUGUCACCUUCUCACCAAGCUGCUUGGCGAUGGUCUUGUAGCCCAUUCCAGCCUUGUGUAGGUCUACAAUCUUGUCCCUGACAUCCUUGGAGAGCUCUUUGGUCUUGGCCAUGGUGGAGAGUUUGGAAUUUGAUUGAUUGCUUCUGUGGACAGGUGUCUUUUAUACAGGUAACAAGCUGAGAUUAGGAGCACUCCCUUUAAGAGUGUGCUCCUAAUCUCAGCUCGUUAUCUGUAUAAAAGACACCUGGGAGCCAGAAAUCUUUCUGAUUGAGAGGGGGUUAAAUACUUAUUUCCCUCAUUAAAAUGCAAAUCAAUUUAUAACAUUUUUGACAUGUGUUUUUCUGGAUUUUUUUGUUGUUAUUCUGUCUCUCACUGUUCAAAUAAACCUACCAUUAAAAUUAUAGACUGAUCAUGUCUUUGUCAGUGGGCAAACGUACAAAAUCAGCAGGGGAUCAAAUACUUUUUUCCCUCACUGUAAGUAUUCAGACCCUUUACUCAGUACUUUGUUGAAGCACCUUUGGCAGCGAUUACAGCCUCGAGUCUUCUUGGGUAUGAAGCUACAAGCUUGGCACACCUGUAUUUGUGGAGUUUCUUCCAUCCUUCUCUGCAGAUCAAUGGGGAGCAUCGCUGCACAGCUAUUUUCAGGUCUCUCCAGAGAUGUUAGAUCGGGUUCAAGUCCGGGCUCUGGCUGGGCCACUCAAGGACAUUCAGAGACUUGUCCCGAAGCCACUCCUGCGUUGUCUUCGCUGUGUACUUAGGGUCGCUGUCCUGUUGGAAUGUGAACCUUCGCCCCAGUCUGAGGUCCUGAGUGCUCUAGAGCAGGUUUUCAUCAUGGAUCUCACUUUACUUUGCUCCGUUCAUCUUUCCCUCGAUCCAGACUAGUCUCCCAGUCCCUGCCGCUGAAAAACAUCCCUACAGCAUGAUGCUGCCACCACCAUGCUUCACGAUAGGGAUGGUGCCAGGUUUCCUCCAGACAUGACUCUUGGCAUUCAGGCCAAAGAAUUCAAUCUUGGUUUCAUCAGACCAGAGAAUCUUGUUUGUCAUGGUCUGAGAGUCCUUUAGGUGCCUUUUGGCAAACCCCAUGCCGGAUGUCAUGUGCCUUUUACUGAGGAGUGGCUUCCGUCUGGCCAUAAAGGCCUGAUUGGUGGAGUGCUACAGAUAUGGUUGUCCUUCUGGAAGGUUCUCCCAUCUCCACAGAGGAACUCUGGAGCUCUGUCAGAGUGACCAUCGGGUUCUUGGUCACCUCCCUGACAAAGGCCCUUCUUCCCCGAUUGCUCAGUUUGGCCGGGCGGCCAGCUCUAGGAAGAGUCUUGGUGGUUCCAAACUUCUUCCAUUUAAGAAUGAUGGAGGCCACUGUGUUCUCGGGGACCUUCAAUGCUGCAAAACUGUUUUGGUACCCUUCCCCAGAUCUGUGCCUCGACACAAUCCUGUCUCGGAGCUCUACGGACAAUUCCUUCGACCUCAUGGCUUGGUUUUUGCUCUGACAUGCACUGUCAACUGUGGGACCUUAUAUAGACAGGUGUGUGCCUUUCCAAAUCAUGUCCAAUCAAUUGAAUUUACCACAGGUGGACUCAAAUCAAUUUGUAGAAACAUCUCAAGGAUGAUCAAUGGAAACGGGAUGCACCUGAGCUCAAUUUCGAGUCUCAUAUCAAGGGGUCUGAAUACUUAUGUAAAUAAGGUGUUUCUGUUUUUUAUUUUGAAUAAAUUAGCAAAAAUGCCAAACCUGUUUUCGCUUUGUCAUUAUGGGUUAUUGUGUGUAGAUUGAUAAGGACAAAGUCAAGGGGUCUGAAUACUUUCCGAAUGCACUGUACAUAUCAAUGGUGUACCAGCUAAACUACUGUGGUCUGAAGGGAUAGGUCCAUUCUAUUAACCCUGUAUUCAAGAGCAUGUUGUAUCUCAAGCGUUGGCGGGCAGAACACAAAAACCUCACAUGAUGUGAAAUAGGGUCUAAGCUACAACGUAUGUAAAUAAUUUUUAAAAAUCUGAGUUUACGCUUUUUUAGAUAAUUGAUAUAUCAUUUUUUAUUAAAAAACAUUUUUUUCAAGAAUUUUUUUAGUUUUAAACACUGUUUGUAAGCUUUUAAAUUAUAUCAAACUAAACCGUUGAUCCUUUCCGGUGAUGAAGACAUGAAUGUCUCAUGGUAUGCAAAAUGGGUCAACUUUCAUCACCUUUAUCUCCUGAAUUUUCUUGGCAUUCAGGUCCAAAAAGUCACAUUCUGACCACUUUUUCUGUGGGCAAACAUGUAUGGAAAGUUUCAUUUAAAUCAAAAAAGAGAUGCUGUCAAAAAGUGAUUGAAUUAAAAUGGAUUUACCAUAUUUAGAAGAAUUUUGAUGUUGAUUCACAGAACUCUAGACCAUAUCCCCUAGACUAGAUGUGUGUUUGGUGCGUGCGAGCGAAACGGUUUUAAAAUGCAUCCCUUCCCUGAACAGAGAGUGACGUUCUGUCAGGGGAACCAGGCUCUUUCAGAGAAAGCCAGUACACCCCUCCUUCCCUCAGUUCCUUCAGUUCCUUCAACCUCAUUUGUUAAUCAGUUAAUCAGUAUGAAAAUGUAUGCACUCACUAACUGUAAGUCGCUCUGGAUAAGAGCGUCUGCUAAAUGACUAAAAUGUAAAUGUAAUCAUCAUCCUAGCCAUAGAGGGCUGUAGCCUCUUCCUGUGACGGUCUGUAAUGAUUAUCAUGGCAUUUUCCUGUUGUAAACGGGAAUCAUAUCCUUGGUAGAGAACUUACAAUAAUUGUUUAUAAUUGUGUUCAAUGUCCAUUCAUGUAGUUCUUGGUAAACGGCUUGCUCUUCAAUUCCUAGAAUAGAAGGAAUUAGACCUUCUAGACCCCUCAAACUCAACUCUGGACCUCGAAGCCAGUUCCAUUGCAUUUUUUUCAUUGUUCCCCUCUAAUCAUGCACUGAUUUAGACCUGGGACACCAGGUGGGUGCAAUUUAUUAUCAGGUAGAACAGAAAACCAGCAGGCUCCGGACCUCUUAGUGUAAAAGUUGAAUAACCCUGUUCUAGACCAUUAUUAUGGACAUCUGCACCAGUGUGUAGAGCAGGGUUCCCCAUAUGGUUGCCUCUGGGCCAAAUGUGGCCCACUGGUGAUUUUAUUUGGCCCCCAAAGUUUUCUAAGCAAAACAUUUAUUUUUUAUUGUUGGACAUAAGACUGUAAAAACACCAGCAAAUCAGCUGCAAGUGAUUUUGAUUUUGGAAAUCUAUUCCAAAGUAUUCCCACGCACAAUAGAGAGAUGUGAUCGUAUACAAAUGUAAUGUGAUUAUGUUUUAGUCAUAUAUUAUAUCUGUUUGGGCUUUUUGCGGUCUACAAAUUAUUUGUAAUUAUGUUCCGGCCCCCUGACUAUCCGCUCAAGAAAAAAUCAGCCCGCGUCUCAAUCUACUUGAUAAUCCCUGGUGUAGAGACUGUGUAAGGGAGGCGAGAUACAUUUUACAUUUUAGUCAUUUAGCAGACGCUCUUAUCCAGAGCGACUUACAGGAGCAAUUAGGGUUAAGUGCCUUGCUCAAGGGCACAUCGACAGAUUUUUCACCUAGUCGGCCCCCAAGGUUAUCAAGUGUCUUUUCCUGAAUAUUAUCACUGACAAUUGUUUUUUUCUCUGACUGCUUUAUCCUCUGCUGCAGGCCUCACUUUUGGGGAAAAUUACAGAGGUAUUUUAUUUACGUUUAUUGGAAUGGGGACCACACAUGUCUGAGUGCUAAUGUUUCGUGUGUGUGAGUAAGCGAGAACGUGAGGAUGCAGGUGCACGUGUGUGUCCAUCCCAUUACCUUAGCUAGUGCUGGUAGGACAACCCUUGCACAAAUACAAUGUUUCCUCUCCAUUUUGUCUGAAUACAAACUAUUCAUGUUUAGUCAUGUUCAAUGUGAGUUGUUCUGACACAGGGUGUUGUCACACAGGGGUUUGGGUUGGCUGGGGCAAUAUGACGGUGUGAUGUUGGUGUUUCACAUGGGAAAGCUAACUGCAGCUAAACCCAGCAGUUAGAGCAGAGCAGCGGUGUAGCGUAGCUAUUUGACCCCCCUUCACCCCCACCCUGCUGGCCUGGUUCCAGGUGUUAUCACCCCUCCUCCUUCUACCCUACCACAGUCAGAAGUGGCAAGGGUUUGAGGAGGUGUGAGGUAACAGGUUGUGAGGCUGCAGCAGAAUCUGAGGCAGAUUUCCCAUGUGGGCCAUAAUGUUGUUUCACAGGGUUAGGUGUAAGUUUUAUUUGUAAUGGUGGAGACUUCAUAUUAAGUGUGAGUUGGAAGCAUUCCUGUCAUGGUAUACAAUAGCAUGGUUCUAUAGACCUUAUAGUAUUAUCUACACUGAACAAAAAUGUAAACUCAACAUGCAACAAUUUCAAAGAUUUUACUGAGUUACAGUUGAUAUAAGGAAAUCAGUCAAUUGAAAUAAUUUCAUUAGGCCCUAAUCUAUGGAUUUUACAUGACUGGGAAUACAGAUAUGCAUCUGUUGGAUCAGAAAACCAGUUAGUAUCUGGUGUGACCACCAUUUGCCUCAUGCAGCGCAAUACAUCUCCUUUCACAAAGUUGAUCAGGCUGUUGAUUGUGGCCUGUGGAAUGUUGUCCCACUCCUCUUCAAUGGCUUUGCGAAGUUGCUGGAUAUUGGCCAGAAUUGGAACACCCUGUCGUACACGUCGGUCCAGAGCAUCCCGAACAUGCUCAAUGGGUGACAUGUCUGGUGAGUAUGCAGGCCAUGGAAGAACUGGGACAUUUUCAGCUUCCAGGAAUUGUGUACAGAUCCUUGCGAUAUGGGGCCGUGCAUUAUCAUGCUGAAACAUGAGGUGAUGGCGGCGAAAGAAUGGCACGACAAUGUGCCUCAGGAUCUUGUCACGGUAUCUCUGUGCAUUCAAAUUGCCAUCGAUAAAAUGCAAUUGUGUUCGUUGUCCGUAGCUUAUGCCUGCCCAUACCAUAACCCUACCGCCACGAUGUGGCACAAAUUAUUUGUAAUUAUGUUCCGGCCCCCUGACUAUCCGCUCAAGAAAAAAUCAGCCCGCGUCUCAAUCUACUUGAUAAUCCCUGGUGUAGAGACUGUGUAAGGGAGGCGAGAUACAUUUUACAUUUGAGUCAUUUAGCAGACGCUCUUAUCCAAAGCGACUUACAGGAGCAAUUAGGGUUAAGUGCCUUGCUCAAGGGCACAUCGGCAGAUUUUUCACCUAGUAGGCUUGGGGAUUAGAACCAGCGCCCUUUCGGUUACUGGCACAACGCUCUUAACCACUAAGCUACCUGCCGCCCUGGUGAAGAUGACGUGUACGCAGAUGAGCUUCCCUGAGACUGUUUCUGACAGUUUGUGCAGAUAUUCUUUGGUUUUGCAAACCCACUGGUUCAUCAGCUGUCCGGGUGGCUGGUCUCAGACGAUCCUGCAGGUGAAGAAGCCGGAUGUGGAGGUCCUGGGCGUGGUUACACAUGGUCUGCGUUUGUGAGACCGGUUGGACGUACUGCCAAAUUCUCUAAAACGACGUUGGAGGCGGCUUAUGGUAGAAAAAUGUACAUUCAGUUCUCUGGAAACAGCUCUGAUGGACAUUCCUGCAGUCAGCAUGCCAGUUGCACGCUCCCUCAACUUGACAUCUGUGGCAUUGCUUUGUGUGACAAAACUGCACAUUUUAGAGUGGCCUUUUAUUGUCCCCAGCACAAGGUGCACAUGUGCACACCUGUCAGGUGGAUGGAUUAUCUUGGCAAAGGAGAAAUGCUCACUAAUAGGGAUGUAAACACAUUUGUGCAAAGAAAUUGAAAGUAAGCUUUUUGUGCUUCUCGAAAAUGUCUGUGAUGUUUUAUUUCAGCUCCUGAAACAUGGGACCAACAUUUUACACGUUGCAUUUAUAUUUUUGUUCAGUAUAGUUGAUCUGUGUUAUAACUCAAUUAUUCUCCCUCUCCCCGUCCCCAGACCAGGCAGCCAGUGUUUGUUCAGCAGUUACAGGCAGUGUUCAGAGUGUACCACUGUAACUGGCUGGUCCCAGUUCAGAAGGGCUCAGUGGAGAGCUGUAUCAAGGUGCUGUCUGACGUGGGUAAGGAGGACAACACAUUCCUAACACUAACCCCAACACUACUGUAGCUCUGAUUACAUCAUCAACUAACUAAUCAAACAAAGACAACUCAAAAUAAUAAGUAGUUCUAUGAACUACCCUGCUGUGUGUAUAGAUUUGACGUACUAUAUAACACUUUAUUUAUGCAGAUUGUCAAAGAAAUCCAACUUGAUGUUAGUAAUUUGUUGGCCUUUUGUUAGUCAAAUCCCCUGAUGAGGCAGUGGUAUUAUGAUUGGGAUGUACUCUAAAGAUGAGUGUUGUAUCAUACUGUAUGUAAGACAGUCCUCUACUCAUGUGUUAUUGGGCUUUCUUGUGUGACAGCUAAAGGGCGAGCCAUCGCCAUCCCAGUGGAUCUGGACAGCCAGGUGAACAACCUGUUUGUGAAGUCCAACAACAUCGUCCAGAAGACAGCCAUGUCCUGGAGAAUGUCUGCCCGCAACGCUGCCCGCAGAGACUCAGUACUGACCGCCUCGCGAGACUACAGGAACAUCAUUGAGAGACUGCAGGUGGGUACACUAUGUGUUUGUGAGUCCGUCCGUCCUUUUAAACACACCCAACUGUAUGGUUUACGUGUCUCUCUCUCUCUCUUGCCCCCCCCGUCUGUAGGACAUAGUGUCGGCUCUAGAGGACCGUCUGCGUCCAUUGGUCCAGGCUGAGCUGUCUGUCCUAGUGGAUGUGCUGCAUCGGCCAGAGCUGCUCUUUCCUGAGAACACCGACUCCCGCAGGAAGUGUGAGAGUGGCGGAUUCAUCUGCAAGUACGUGUGUUUAAACUUAACAAUCCCACCCCCACCCUAAACAAAGUAUACAGUGCCUGGGAUAUAUGGACAUAUGGUUUUAUUUAUUUCAAUAAUUUUGAAAACCACUUUGAAAACCAAAUUAAAGACUGGCACAUUGCCAAUUCUUUAUGAAUGUAUUUAUUGGUGGGAGGAAAACAUCCAACCACUUCCUUCAGCUCUGUUCAACAUGAUAAUAUAACUUACACGGUGAAGAGCAGGAAGCCACUGAAGGUGUUACAACCAUUUGAAUCAUCAUAGAUCUGGUAGAUUGAUGGAAGCUGUAUGUAGACCACAUCUCCCAACUCUAACUCCAGGAGAACUGCUGCAUUAGAUUCUCUCCAUCAGUAUAACAUUCAGCAGUGUUUACAGCUCUCUGCCCAUUCUUAAACAAGCCUACACCCAAACCUUUUGAAUUCAUUUGACCACAGACGUGUAUCUGAAGUAGGAGACUCAUCUCACUAGUGCUGUAAAGAGACCUGUAUCAGGACAAAACAUGCAGUAUGUUACGUGUACAUUGUUUCAUUUUGUAUUUGUCAUCCAAUGGUUGAAAUACAUGCAUAGUACAUUGUACCUGUAACUUGGUUGUAAGCCUUACCGACAUUUGUGAUGACUUUGGGGUAGAUCAAUGUAGUGUCACGCCACCUUUGGUCUGUCUGUGAAUACAGCAUCGAAGAAGAGAGCGUGCGUUGAUUCCAGUUGGUCAUUAUUGAUUAAUCACUAUCAUUUCUACUUUCUUACCGACUUCUCUACUGACACUCACUAGUUCCCAGUCUGGCCUGCAUGGUAAUUGAAGUAACAAGGUUUUACAUGGCUGUCACACAUUACCUGCAUUCCCCAUCUUCAUCUCCUCCAGCUGGUACUUGAUGAACUGUAGUUGAGUCUUGGUGACGCUUUGCCCCACAUUCAGAUCAACCACCUGGCUCUCACUGGUUUUCAGUCUGGCUUCCAAGGCCAGAACAACAUUCAAUUGGUAGGCCUAUCUAUUCACAGCUGUAUUAGUUUAAUAAUAAUAUCACAUAGAGUAUUACUAUCAUAUCAUCAUGUUACCUGUAUUCCAUGUCUCCAGCUCGUCCACCUGGCUCUUAUAGAAGGAUAGUUCAGUCUUUGUGACACUCAGCUCCUCUCUUUGCUCGACCAAAAUGGCUCCCAUGUUGUGCACCAUGUCUCUAAGGUGUUUCAGCUCAGUCCAGAAAUCAGAUGUGGUGGUCGUCUGUGUCGGUCUCUCCCUCAGCCCAGGCCCCAGACACACACAGCAGCAACACCAGUGGAACUACAGAAGCCCUCAUUCUGACAACACUGUCUGGGGUUCAUUUUUAUACAGUACCUCAGUCAUUGCGUACGAUCAGUCAAUACCUAUAUUUGGUGACACAGUUGUGUGAGGCCAAGGCCUUCAAAAAGAGAACAUUUGUGGAUAAGAUUAUUGGUCGUGGGAAGAGUGAACCUGUUAUUUAUCAUGUGUCUGCAUGAAUUUAUAUUUUCUCCUGACGGACUUAGAAAAAUUAGACACUAGACAGAGCAGGUAAAGAAGUCGGAUGUGGAGGUCCUGGCCUGGUGUGGUUACACAUGGUCUGCAGUUAGUGAGGCCAGUUGGAUUACUGCCAAAUUCUCUAAAACAACAUUGGAGGCGGCUUAUGGUAGAGAAAUUAACAUUACAUUCUCUGGCAACAGCUCUGGUGAACAUUCCUGCAGUCAGCAUGCCAAUUGCACGCUCCCGCAAAACUUGAGACAUUUUUGAGAAGUAAGCUUUUUGUGCGUAUGAAACUUUUCUGGGAUGUUUUAUUUCAGCUCAUGAAACAUGGGACCAACACUUUACAUGUUGCGUUUAUAUUUUUGUUCAGUAUACAUAACAUUCUGUUGGUAGCAAGAAUUUUGUAUAAUAAUUUUAAUUAAAAAACUAAGUUAUGAAUCAAGCGUUGUUUUGUGGUUCAGUUCAUAAACCAUGUGCCAUGGAAUCAGCACAAGGAAAAUCUCUUCCCAACUAUUUUGCAACCUGUAUGGCACAGCUGUCAACAUUUUCCCUACUAAACUUAUUUGAAUGCACUGACUGUUAAGUUGCUCUGGUUAGGAGCGUCUGCUAAAUGACAUAUGAAUGUGAAUGUGUGCACAAUACCGCCACUCCAACAUAGUGUCCCCCAAACCCACCCAUCCAGUCAAUCCUCUUGUGACCUCAACCCCAUGAUGCCCCCAUGGUUAGUGACCCCACGGUGACCCUUGACCCUGUCUCUCCCCAGGCUGAUCAAACACACCAAGCAGCUGCUGGAGGAGAAUGAGGAGAGGCUGUGUAUCAAAGUCCUGCAGACCCUCCGAGAGAUGAUGACCAAAGACCGAGGAUACGGAGAGAAGGUAGGACACAAGUCACAACACGUCACAAUUCACUUUACAUCCAACUGCAGCCCCGGACAUCUAAGAACAUCUCUUUCUCUCCAUCACAGUGGGAUCGAUGACCAGUUCAGUCUAGUGUCUAACCUUCUCUUUUUAGGAUUGCUCACCUUGUAA